UCACCCCGGAGACCCCCACCCUCACCGAGACCCCCCCUCACCGUGUCCCUCACACGGACCCCACAACCUCUGCCACCAUUAAAAGACAAGCCAUGGAGGAGCUGAGCGCUGACGAGGUGAGUAUCCGGAGUGAGGGGACCAUAGAGCCGGUUACAGGAACUGCUCAGACAAUCAAUAAUCAAUAAAUAAUAAUAAUAGGACAUUGAUGGGUAAACCCCCCAGUGUGCCAGGACCAUAGAGCCGGUUACAGGAACUGCUCAGACAAUCAAUAAUAAUAAUCAAUAAAUAAUAAUCAAUAAAUAAUAAUAAUAGGACAUUGAUGGGUAAACCCCCCAGUGUGCCAGGACCAUAGAGCCGGUUACAGGAACUGCUCAGACAAUCAAUAAUACUCAAUAAAUAAUAAUAGGACAUUGAUGGGUAAACCCCCCAGUGUGCCAGGACCAUAGAGCCGGUCACAGGAACUGCUGAGACAACAGCGUGACAGUAAUCAAUAAAUAAUAAUCAAUAAAUAAUAAUAAUAGGACAUUGAUGGGUAAACCCCCAGUGUGUGCCAGGAUAAUGUACUACUUCCAGACAGCCCUGAAACAUAGAAACAUAGAAUGUGACGGCAGAUAAGAACCAUUCGGCCCAUCUAGUCUGCCCAAUUUUCUAAAAACUUUCAUUAGUCCCUAGCCUUAUCUUAUAGUUAGGAUAGCCUUAUACCUAUCCCACGCAUGCUUAAACUCCUUUACUGUGUUAACCUCUACCACUUCAGCUGGAAGGCUAUUCCAUGCAUCCACUACCCUCUCAGUAAAGUAAUACUUCCUGAUAUUAUUUUUAAACCUUUGUCCCUCUAAUUUAAGACUAUGUCCUCUUGUUGUGGUAGUUUUUCUUCUUUUAAAUAUAGUUUUAAAGGGGAUUCACUAAGCUGCGAGAGGUCUCGGGGCUGUCCGAAAGAGUGACGGCCAGUGUCUCUACAGGCACCUCGGUCUAAAGGAACCUGCUAUACGAAGGCCUACCAGAGGUCUCAUUACAAAUUGGACAUCAUUUCCUCCGGAGGGCAAUCAUCCAUAUAUCCCAUAAGCAGGGAUUGUUCCGCUGUACGCCUGUUAUACCUGAGCUGGCUAUAGCUCAUCUAAAUAUGAGUGAAAUAUUUAUAUCUUUAUCUCACAUAUAUUGACCCUUACACUCUAUACGAUUGGUCUUUUAUCUUGUGUCUUCUAUAUCACGAGACCAACAGGACUACUAUAAACAGAGAAGAGACCCCGUCAUCUAAAGCACCUUAAAAGACAUUUAUUGCCACAGUGCAACUUCUAAAAUCUUUUUGGACUAUUUUAUAACCUUUAUAAGUUUUAUUUAUGUCCUUUUACUAUUUGUCUUUUUACUACUUUUAGUCCUCAUUGAUACAUUUUGACGCAGCCUUGCAUUACUGUUGUUGGUUUUUCAUUCUUACCAUAGAGGGUUACCCUCUGCUAGGCCGCUGCCUAUCCACCUUGUUAUUAUUAGCGCUAACCUCCUUUCUUGUUUUUUCAUUACUUAUGUGUCUACUGGGCUAAUAUGCUACUUAUAACUUGUAAAACCAAUGGGUGCCAGGAUAAUAUACUACUUUAUAAUGUGUAAAACCAGUGUGUGUCAGGCCAAUAUACUACUUAUAAUGUUUAUACAGGGCUAAUAUACUUUUAAUAAUGUGAAUACCAUGCUAAUAUCCUAAUAAUGUGUAUACCGGGCCGAUAUACUAUUUAUAAUGUGUAUAUUGGGCUAAUAUACUAUUAAUGUGUAUACCAGGCCCGUGAACUCUCUCUAGGACGUCUAUACCGGGCCUGUUUUUUUUUGUUUGUUUUUUUUUACUAAUGUACACUUUAUUUUGUAUAUGCAAAACUAAUGUAGUUCUUGCACUGUAAAUAUAAGGCUGAUGUACUCUUUAUACUGUGUAUCCUAGGCUAAUAUAUGUAUCUUAUGCCAGUAUAUAAUGUAUACAUCACGCCAAAUCUACAAUCUAACUCUAUUAUUAUUUGUAUUUAUAAAGCCCCAACAGAUUCCGCAGCGCUGUACAAUUAGUGGAGAACGUAGAAUAUAAACAGACAAAUACUUCAAGCUCCAAAACAUUUACAGUUUGUAGUUGUGGAGGCUGUGAUGCCAGAUGUACCCUGGCCCCUGUGAAGUUAUUUAUGGGGAUUAAUGACACAUUUUUAAUUAACUUAAAUAUUUUCCUAUUAAUUAUUAAAAUUAAUAACCUUUAUUAAAAUUUCAGGGUUUGAUAUUUUAUUGGCGCUACUUCCAUUUAUUAUUUAAAGCGAAGUCACUCACUAUUUCAACUCUUUAGACCUGGAGUAUGUUGUCCGUUUAAUACUUCAUACGUUAAUAUCACAACUUUUUUUUUUUUUACUAAAAAUUAUAAUAUUCAUUUUUAUCAAUAAGUUUAAUUAUACAUGGUAAUUAGUGAAUAGUUUUCAAUAAUAUUGAACAAAAUAAGGCGCAAAUCAAUAUCCCAAUCUCAGUAACAAUUUCAAGCUUUUUAGAGUGAUAGGAUUGUUAUUUUAUGACAACUUCAAUCAACCGGGUUAGAAUAUGGAAUAUUUUCUUCAUACUCUAUUGAUUGACAUUUUGCAAGUCGCAUGUUACUAUUUGUUUAAAUUAUAAGGAACCAUGUGAGUUUAUCAGCAUAUGGAUUAUUAUAAUUUAAGGACUGUAUUUUUUAAGAUCCUGAAAUAUUCUCUUAGCUUUUUACUUCUUAAUACAAUUUACAAACACAUGUGGAUUGUUUGCUUAUUGUAAACAACAUUCAUUAGACUUAAAGGACCACUCUAGGCACCCAAACCACUUCAGCUUAAUGAAGUGGUCUGGGUGCCUGGUCCAUCUAGGGUUAACCCAUUUUUUUAUAAACAUAGCAGUUUCAGAGAAAUGGCUAUGUUUAUAAAUGGGUUAAUCCUUCCUCCAAUUCCUCUAGUGGCUGUCUCAUUGACAGCCGCUAGAGGCGCUUGCGUGAUUCUCACUGUGAAAAUCAGUGAGAGCACGCAAGCGUCCAUAGGAAAGCAUUGUAAAUGCUUUCCUAUGAGACCGGCUGAAUGCGCACGCGCGGCCGGAGCUGCGCGCGCAUUCAGCCGAAUGGGAGGAUAGGAUGAGGAUCGGAGGAGGAGAGCUCCCCGCCCGGUGCUGGAAAAAGGUAAGUUUUAACCCCUUUCCUCUCCCCAGAGCCGGACGGGAGUUGGUCCCUGAGGGUGGGGGCACCCUCAGGGCACUAUAUGCCAGGAAAACGACUGUUUUCCUGGCACUAUAGUGGUCCUUUAACUAGACAGAGUAAGUUAUUUAUUCAGGUGAUCUACACAAAGUUCUACGACAAUAUUUUACCAGCUAGCCCAGAAGGUUAACCAGCUCAAUGCUGUUUCAGAGUAAUUGAUUAUGAUUAAUUCAUCCAGUAACUAAAUUCUUGUAGGUUUAGUUAAAGCAGUUUUUAUCGGGUUAAUAUUCCCCUGGGUAACUGUUGAUAUUUUAAUUUUUAUUUCAUGAUUUUGAUUAAUAUUCCUGUCUGCAGUUUGACAUAUUAUAUAUAUCAUGAGCUAUCAUGAAACCCAAUCUGGUGGAUUUCGUAUCCGCUUUUACCCAGAAAAUAUUAGCUUUUAGUUAUGUAAUUUUAUAGUUGGUAUAAUUGGCUUAUAUUUACCGAUAGAUGUUUUGGAUGUUAUUUUAAGAUUGUUUCAAAAAGUCUUCUUGUCCGUCUCUUGUCUUGUGUCCUUUCUCCUUCUGUGUGUCCCUUUGUCUCUGUGUCUGUUUGUGUAAUUUUUUUUUAUUUUUUUUUUUUGGUGUCUAUAUCAUGGGAUUGUAGGUCCAUUCCUUAUCUGUUAACCUUCUGACCUGGUCCAAUGACAUUUUGGGGCAAGUCAUUAUGUUAAUGGCUAUUGAUGUCAUUUUGAUAUAUAUUUCUACAGGUCUUAAACAGCAGGGGGAGCUGUUGUCUACGUCAGGAAUGUUACCAGCUAUUAUCAUAUAGGGUCCUUGCUCACCUAAGCGUUAUGGCAAUUUCAUGAUAUUUAAGCUAAUUUAAUUUAUCUCAUUGCCAUAUAUAUAUAUAUAUAUAUAUCAUAUAUCAUAUAUCAUAUAUCAUAUUUUCCGGCAUAUAAGAAGACUUUUUAACCCAGGAAAAUCUUCUCAAAAGUCGUGGGUUGUCUUCUAGGGCGGUCUAUGCAGUGCUGGCACUAUCUGAGCGCCGGCCACGCAGUUUUCAAUGAGGGGCCGGUGAGAUCAAAGAUCUCCUCACCGGCCCACUUGAAGAGACAUGCAGCUGGGGAGGGAGAGGAGGACCCGGCGGGGGCCCUAAAGUAAAAAAAAGGCGGGGGUGGGACCUAUUGUACUCCCCACCACAGCCCCUACCCCUGAGCGGCGGGUGGGGGCCCUAAAUAACAAUUUAGGGUACCCACCCGCCACGCAGGGGUGGGGGCCGGGGGGAGGACAGUAACCCCCCCCCCCACACUUAUUUAGGGCCCCCACCACUCAAUGGUGAGGGUCAGGGGGAGGACAGUAUGGCCCCUCCCGCUCAUUGUUAUGUAGGGCCCCCACCCGCCGCGUAGGAGUGGGGGCUUGGGGGGAGGACAGUAGGCCCCCCCCCAUUGUUGUUUAGGGCCCCCAUUGUGCUGUAUUGGCCGGCGUCUGAACGUGGAAGACUGCGUGUUGAGAAGGAAAGUAUAUUCUCGCCAAUAUUGGCAACUGUGGAGACUCAUUCCAAAUAUUGUCAAUGUGCCGAAUAUCGGCUCUAAUAAUCUGCCAAGUCAAAUUUGCCUGUUCCUUACUGAGCAUCAUGGGAUAUGGAAUUCCACCUUGUCUUGAUAUGCAGGCUGUUCAAUGGAUUGAUUAACUCUAGGGAUGAAAGUUUAAAUUUAUACUAUAAAAAAAACAUUUUUUUAAAGUGUGUGCCUUUGUGGGUACUCUGUGACAAUUGUUAAAAGAUAACCCCAUGUGAGACCUGGGCUACCAUACGCUCUCAAAGGCAACAUAACCAAUCUGGCAAAUUUCAAUGUCAAAAAAAUGAAAUGCAAGCCUUAUAUGUGACUCUAAAUUUCCAAAACACCGUAAAACCUGUACAUGGGGGGCACUGUUAUUCUCGGGAGACUUCACUAAACUCAAAUAUUAGUUAUUUCAAAACCGUAAAACAUAUUACAACAAUAUAGUCCAUAAAAGUGCUGUUCGUUUGUAAAAAAUACAAAAAAUUUCACUUUUACUUAAAAUUUCAUCGUUGUAAUACAAUUUAUCAUUUUGAAACACUAAUAUUUGAGUUCGGCGAAGUCUCCUGAGUAAAACAGUACCCCCUAUGUACAGGUUUUAUAGUGUCUUGGAGAGUUACAGGGUCAAAUAUAGUGUUUGCGAAUUUAAUUCUCCGUUUUCUCCCUGUGUUGUCAGAUAGAUAUAGAUAUCAAAAUACAAUUAGAAUGAAAUUACAUAUGAAUAUAUAAUUUAUAUAAAAUUUCGUUUCAUUUUUUGCUUUGUAUAUAUAUAUAUAUAUAUAUAUAUAUAUAUAUAUAUUAUACCGUAUAUUUCGCUCCAUAAGACGCACUUUUUUUUUCUCAAAAGUGAGGGGAAAUGUCUGUGCGUCUUAUGGAGCGAAUGUAAAGCUUUACUUACCUGUCUUGGAGCAUGGGCCGGCUUCACAGCGCGCUCCGCGGUCCAGGAACUUCUAUUUCAGGUUCCGGUUUCCGGCGGGACUGAAAGGAAGUGUGUUAAAGAUCAUUAUGGGGGAGAGAAAAAAAUAUUCUGAACAAACUGUCCCAUAGUAAGAAACACUAUGGAACAGUUUGUUCAGAAUAUUUUUUUUUCUGGGUUUCCUCCUCUAAAAACUAGGUGCGUCUUAUGGUGAGGUGCGUCUUAUGGAGCGAAAAAUACGGUAUAUAUUAUUUUUAUUUUUUUUUUAAUUUUAAUUUCAUACAUGUCUAAAUUUUUUUUUUUUUUUACACUACCUACCAGCAGGGGGACUCUGAUAUUUUAGACAGUCCCCCUGCUGGCAGAUCCACAGCCAGCUAUUAGGGGGCCAUGUGAUCGCUCUUUGAGAGCGAUCACAUGGCCCCCGGGGGCCUCAUUUGCCGGGGUGGGCUGCCUGGGCUGUCAAGCAGCCCUCCAGAAGAGGAUCGCGGCGGAGGUGAGUAGAUCUCACCUCCUGGGGGCUUAAGCCGUUACGGCGUUCUAUGCCGCCGCAACGGCUUUAAGGGGUUAAAUGUUUCUAUCAAUGUAAUAGCUGCUCUAUUACAUUGUCUUCCUAUCUUUCAGUCAUCUGAAAUAAUUACUCCUAAAUCCCUUUCCUCAGAUGUUGAGGUUAGGAUAUCAAAUAUUCUAUACUCUACCCAUGGGUUUUUACGCCCAAGAUGCAUUAUCUUGCACUUAUCCACAUUAAAUGUCAGUUGCCACAUCUCUGACCAUUUUUCUAAUUUACCUAAAUAAUUUGCCAUUCGGUUUAUCCCUCCUGGAACAACAAACCCCGUUACAUAUCUUAGUAUUAUCAGUAAAAAUACAUAUCUUACCACCAAGACCUUCUGCAAUAUCACUAAUAAAAGUAUUGAAGAGAAUGGAUCCAAGUACAGAUCCCUGAGGUACCCCACUGGUAACUAGGCCUUGCUUUGAAUAUACUCAGUGGACUACAACCCUCUGAUGCUUGUCCUUCAGCCACUACCUAACCCAUUCAACAAUAUUGGAAUCCAAACUUAAAGAUUGCAGUUUAUUGAUAAGCCUUCUAUGUGCAACAGUGACAGAAGCCUUACUGAAAUCUCAGUAAGCAAUGUCUACUGCACCACCCUGAUCUAUAAUUUUAGUUACCCAAUCAAAAAAAUCAAUAAGAUUAGUUUGGCGUGAUCUCCCUGAAGUAAACCCAUGUUGUUUCUGAUCUUGAAAUCCAUGUGAUUUUAGAUGUUCAACAAUCCUAUCCUUUAACAUGGUUUCCAUUACUUUCCCCACUACUGAAGUAAGGCUUACUGGCCUAUAGUUGCCCAACUCCUCCCUUCUACCUUUCUUGUGAAUGGGUAGAGCAUUUGCGAAUUUCCAAUCUUCUGGGACUACUCCUGUUUAUGAUUGGUUAAAUAAAUCCGUAAAUGGUUUUGCUAGUACACCACAAAGUUCUUUUAAUAAUUUUGGGUGUAUCCAGUCGGGUUCCAUCGACUUAUUUGCCUUUUAUUUUUGACAGUUAAAAUAGAACCUCUUCCUCUGUAAACUCCUUUUUUAUUUUUUUACUGCAGUCCCUCUCCAUUUUCAUCUGUAAAUACUGAACAAAAAUAUUCGUUGAGGCAGUCAGCUAGACCUUUUAUCCUCUUCUACAUACCUUCCUUCUUUUGUUUUUAAUCUAACUUGUAGUCGCAUAGCAACAUAACAUACUCCUUGUGUGCACCUGUAUGCCAAUAAUAGUAUAACAUCUGAAACCAAAAGGAGCAUGAACAUAUUUUAAUUCAUGUGCUUGAUUAAAAAAUACUGUCCUUUCAGAUGGAAUAGAACCAAGUCUCCUGUUUACUCUCUUCUUGGUCCGGCUGGUGGUGACUGCUUUGUCACUGUCCAGCAGGUCAUAAAAUCUCCAUAAAUGCCAUGUGCCCUACUUAUUUUGGAUGACUUGGAACACAGGCCACUUACAGAAAGCUGUGGGUGCUUGCCAUCGGUGGACCCUGAAGUAAAUUACCUGGAUUUGUAUGGACCUCUUGUUACAGAGCUAUGUUCCAUGAUGAAUUUGGGUAUACUGUGAUGUUAUGGAUGGUAUUUUCCAUAUUAAAUUUCUGUCUGAUGUAUGUCUGAAAGCACCUACAUGACUUUUGACCUCCUGUGUAAAGCACAGAGAUCAAUGAUUUGACACAUUCCACAAACUUGCAGCUUUCAAUCUGGGCAAAUUUAGGGUACACCACUCAAUGAAUGGGAGAUUGUUCUAAAUGCUGAAGUGAAGGGUCUAUUUUUUUGAACUGAACACUGGGAUCAUAUAUGCGGAAUAACAAGUAGUUUGCAUAUAGGUCUCAUAUUGGGGAGUGUGACAGUUCUUUGUAUUCAACUGACUUUUUGUAAUAAAGAUGCUACAAAAAUGUCAACAUUCAUCAUCUAAAGUCUUUCUGCUUUCGUUGAAGGACUCUGGCUUGCAUACAGGAUGUGUACCUGUCACUGAGAGCUUUAUGAAGGUGACAUCCAUGUGUAUGAGAAUGUCCCAAAACACUGACAUCACAAGUUAUUAUUGGAAGUGUUGGAGACUUGAUCACAUUUUUCCAUGAAGUCCUAUCAUAAGGACCAGUAAUAUGAGUCCUUAAGGUUUAUAUUCUAAUCACAAGACGGGCAAACAAAGUAGUACCACACAUUGAAGUUGGGCUUUUUACAAGCCUCUUCCUGGAAAGGCACAUGUUAUCCACAGUAUCCGUUCUGUAAAGAAGCAAUGUAUGGCCAUGGUUUAGAAGCUGAAAGGAAGUCCUGGCCUUUCACUCAAUGUUUUCCUUUAACUUCCAGUAAAUGUAUUUACCAGUUGAUAAGAGCGUUGACUUUCCAAGGUUUUGGUUCUGCCUGCUCAUUCAUCGUAGGGUACAUAAAAGAUGAUGCCUGGAAGUAUUUUUGUUGUUUUAAAGAGAAUGUGCUCCCAAGAUAAAAUGGAAACUGGACUAAACCACUUCUUGGUUUUUUAGUUAAGACUUUAUAUUGACUUUAACCUACUAUAUUUCUCUUACUGUAUCUUCCAUCUCUUAAGUGCUGGAAGUACGAAUACCUAUUGAACACUGCUUUAUUUACACAUUACUAGAAAUUAAAAACUCUACAGGUCCAUGAAGCCUUGGUUUAAUUGUUUUGGUUGGAGAACAGUGGUCAGUGAUAUGUUCCGUUGAGUUCUGAAAUAAUGAAACACUAUAGGCACCCAGAUCACUUCAGCUCCUUAAAGUGCUCUGAGUGCAAUUUCACAGGUCCCUUCAAGCGGCACUGUCAUGGCCAAAUCCAGUUUUUUGUUUUUUAACCCCACUCUCCUGACUCCUCUACAUCUAAUUGCCCCUGUAGUCUGCCCCCGAGCCCCCCAUAUUAACUAUUUUUUUAAUCUUCAUUUCGUGCCCGGACCUAGGUGGGACACGUCAUCUGUCCACACUAGAUAGCGCUGUGAAAUUCCUGCGCAUGCCUAGUUAAACACUUGGGUAUUCGCUAUUGUCCAAAAAUUGGACGGGAAUUUCGUAUUCAUUCGUCUGAAAGACGAAGGAAUAAAUAGACAUUUCAGACAAACACCAUCAGUGUUCGUUUGUUCAGUUUAUUAAAAGGCGGGAGCUACCGGCACGCAGCUCCUUCCUUGCCUGUGACUACUCAGUUGUAGCUUUGGAAUUUUCCCACGUUGUGUAAAAUGACUCCGAGCACUCUUGUUGGAUUCCAAGCCAACUAAUAAGAGUGCUCUGAUAGGUAAAUUUGAGCCUUGCAAGUUGCCAAUCAGAGCACUCUUAAUUGGUUGGCCUAAACAACCAAUAAGAGCGCUCUGAGUCAAAUUGCAGGCCAUGGGAAGGCUUUAUAAGCUAUUCCCCACUAGGGAUCGACUGAUUAUCGGUUUUACCGAUAUAAUCGGACGAUAUUCGGUAUUUUCGGCAAUAUCGGUAUCUGCCAAUUCAGAUACCGCUAUUGCUGAUAAUACCUUCUAGGACCGCCAGGUUCAUUACAAGCCCGGCUGUCCUGGGGGGGGCGCUUACUCACCUCCCAGCAGCUACUCCAGCUCCCCAGUGUAACUCUCGCGAGACCCGCGGGCGUCCGAGCGUUGCCAUGGGUUACCAUGGCAACACUCCGCGCGGCACACUGGCCGCGAGAGUUACACUGGGGAGCUAGAGGAGCUGCUGGGAGGUGAGCCAAUACCACUGGACCACCAGGGAUUGCUAUAUCCCCCCUUCCUGGCCAGGUAUGAAACAGAGGAGGGACAACAAAAUAAAUAAUUAUAAAAAAAAAAUAUAUAUAAAAAAUGCCCCCCCCCCCACACACACUCCAUUAUAUACACAUACACUACACAAACACAAUGUGUAUAUAAUGCAGUGUGUGUCUGUGUAGUGUGUUUAUAUAAUGCACACUAUACAAACACACUGCAUUAUAUACGCACACUAUACAAACACACUGCAUUAUAUACGCACACUAUACAAACACACUGUGUAUACAAUGCAGUGUUUGUGUAGUGUGUAUAUAAUGCAGUGUUUGUGUAGUGUGUGUGUGUAUAUAGUUAAUGCAGUGUGUUUGCAUAGUGUGUUUAUAUAAUGCACACUACACAAACACACUGCAUUAUAUACACACACUAUACAAACACACACACACACUCUGCAUUAUAUAAACACACUACAUUCAUUAUCUACACUACACAAACACACACACUUUGCAUUUAGUAUAUACUGCAUUCACUUUACGCACACUACACAAACACUCUGCUUUCAUUUUAUAUACACACUAGACAAAUACACACUGCAUCCACUACACACUAGACAAAUACACACUACACUAACACGCACUGCAUCCACACACUACACAAACACACACUGCAUCCACUACACAAACACACUGCAUCCACUACACACACUACACAAACACAUACAGCUCCCCUGUCUAAACACACUGCAUCCACUACACGUGGCAUGUAUAUUUUGUGCAUUUACCUUUAGAAAUAGUUUUUAUUUUCCAAAAUGGUAAAUGUACAGAAUAUCGGCUAUCGGCCUGAACGUUCACAGAAUAUCGGUCGAUCCCUAUUCCCCACCCUGCGGAGCUCAGUCUGCGCGGUGCCCUCGCAUUUUUUUUUUUUUUUUUUGCGCACUCAGGUUUUUUAUUUAUUUUUAAAGUUCAGGUAUUAUUCAUUUUUUAUUUGUCCUUUUUUGGGGCUGAAAAAAGGCUUUAGAAAAAACAUCAAAUGGUAAGUAUUUACAUUUUAUUUACAGGUAUUUAGUUUUAUUGUCCCUAGUGAGGGGGCUAGUUAGGGCUUUAAUUAUUAUUAUUAUUUUUUUUUUGGGUGGGGGGGUGACUAGGGGUUUGGGGACCCCUAGUCACCCCUGGGGGAGGGGGAGGUUACAUGUAGCCCCCACCUGUCGCCCAUGUGUGUGGUCAUGGGGGAGGAUGACAAUAGGUACCUCCCCCCCAUUGUCUUUUAUUGCCCCCACCUGCCGUUCAUAGGUGGGGGCCAAGGGAGACCCCAUGUCCCCCUGUUAGUUGAAUAGCCCCCACUCGAGGGGGACACUAUGUUCUGUCCCACCUUGUUAGUUAAAAGAUGCCCCACCAUGGGGUCAUUUAUUGAGGGGAAGGGGUAAAAUAGUCCUUACUUUGUGUUAUGUUUUAAAGAAAACUAGAGCAGACAGGUAGAAACGCAGAACAGAUCGUGACAGAGGACGAGAAGAGGAUGCGAUUAGGGAAAGGUAAGUUCGGCAUGACAGUGCCACUUUAACCCUGCAGUGGUAGUUAUUGCUGUUUAUUAAAAAUUGCAAUAAUUACCUGCCAGGGUUAACUCUACCUCUAGUGGUGGUCUACCAGGCAGCCACUAAAGGGACUUCUGUGUCGUUAGGAGACUUUUAGUCGUCUAACGCUGGACGUUCCCACGCUAUGCAUGAGGACAUCCGUCGUCAUGGGAAAGUUUUAAUGCAAGCUUGGCAAGUGCUGUACAAGCGCAUUAGGUUUUUCUUAGGCAAUGUAAAACGUUGCCAUUUUUGGUGAACCUCCCCAAAAAAAAAAAGUACAUGCCCUAGAGCAGGGUGUGACGAAAUGCCUUUUGUCACUGGAUUUUUAGGUGACAAGUUGCCCUUUGCCCCUGCUGUUGGAAUAGCCUGAGUGCCAGCCUCAUGACUACGGCCCUGGGUUGUAUGGCACUUUACAAACAUUAUUUGGGCUAAUGGAUUUAUAUUGUGCUGCUGCUAGCCCUUAUAGAACUGCAUUGUGGUUUAUGGACUUGUAUUGGACCAUGCUGGCCCUUUAAGAACCGUCUGGGGAUAUAUUGAGACUUUGUGCCAGACCUUUCAAAUACUUUGUCUAUGGCUUUCUCCCACUUUUUUCAGUAAAUGGGGCUUACUGAACCAAGUACCACACAGGCAGACCACCCAGAAGUGGAAGUGUGCAGGCAAUUUACCUCCCAUUGCCAUCUUUAAUUCAGCUGAAGUUUUACCUUCUCCAGACUUCAAUGCAUUCGACAGUUCGAACGCCAUUCGACAGUUCAUUUGAAUGUUCAUUCGACAGUUUCGACAAUUCGAAUGGCUGUCGUUCGUCUGUUUGAACUGACUUUAACAUGGGAAAUAGAACGACCGCACAGCCUGAUUCUCUGGAACUGUUUUGGACAUGAAAAUGUGCUUUCGGUCGGUCAUAAAGGACUCCCAGCUAACCUUUUAUCUACUGGGGGGGAUUCGUAUGAUUUUUGGUUAUGUUUAUAUUUAAAGUAUGCUGAUUCUGAAUAUAUAUGUUUUAUGUGAAUAUUGCAUAUGCAUAUUUUUAAAGUUACAGUAUAUGUCUAAAAAGUGUAUUUUUCCUGCCUGUGAUAAAUUACAUUAACCCAUUGUGUUCAGUAAUUAUAUCACAGGCAGACGGGAGGGAUUGUAUUUUGGGACUGGGUGUGUUUUUACGGUUUUCCUGUAAAUGAUUGGUUGUACUGUGUCCCACCCUGUGGGAUAUCCCCUUGCAUGGGGAUUUGCAUAAAAGCCAGUGUGUGGUCAUUAAAAGUCAGAUCAUCUUGUACCUUCAUGAAGUUUCGGCUCAUGUUUGGGGGAUUGGAGAAACUACACUCUGGGGAUUGCUAUAAUCACUAUACUCCCCAGGGUAUAAUCACUAAGCUCUGCUAAGAGCUUGUUCAUGUUCCUGAUCUCUGGAAUUCAGAGAGAGGUCGACCUACUGGAAGCUGGACCCUGGUAUUGGGUCCAGAGUGGGUGGAGACGGCGAGACCCCAACCAAGCUGCGGCGGUUCGUGGGGUCUGCAGUGGUUAUGGUGUCGGACAGAGUGCUUGGAGUCCUCGGAAAGCACUAGGAGCAUCCGUCGGCGGAAGGUACCCGGUCGGGGUGCCAGCGGUUCCGUCACACAGGGGUUCUCAAACUCUGGCCCCCCCACAUGUUGCUGAACUACAACUCCCAUGAUCCUCUGGCUAUCUAUGUAAUUCAAAGAAUCAUGGGAGUUGUAGUUCAGCAACAUCUGGGGGUCGGAGCUUGAGGACCCCUGCCCUAGAGUCUUCCUCAAGACCUUCCGUUUUCAUGAUGCUGAAUGUGUUCAGUGCUUCUCAAUGAAGCAUCGGAUUGGCAGAGCACCGUGCAUUGCAAAUUCUUCUUUAUGAAGUCCUGUCCAACUAGAGAUGCAGUUUACUCAUUAAUUCAGAUUUCUCUAACGCUGAAGCUUUUCAGGGUUGUUCACUAAAGUAAGAAUUGUUGGGAAUUCAAAUUGACGUUCAAAAUAUAAAAACUGAAUAAUUAUCAAGGCCUGCAAUGCUACCGGUUCAGCUACUUUUAAAAUUUAAGUUGAAUUUGCUACAGUUCACACUUUACUCAGGAACUCUUUUUGUUUUCUGUACUUAGAUCACUUUGAGAAUCAUGUCAGUAUGGGUUUUAAUAUUUGUAUUACCUUUUGCUUUCGCAUGAUUGCACAGUUGUAGGCUGUGUGCAUGUUUACUUUUCCUUUUUUAAAUCAAAAUUUCCCGUUACACCAUAUCCUGGUAAGCUGUAUUGUUUAAUCUGUAGAAAGUACCGAAAUCUCAAAUAACUUGUAUUCUACCCACCUUCUCCUGCAUGUUGUGAUAGAUUAUUGUUGCUAAAGUCCCAUCCGUGUACACUAGUUAUUAAUUUGCCUCUGUCUUUUUUAUUUCAAAUAUUCAUGCUGCCUAAUACCCACAUGUUUCCUGGCCUUUUAAGAUUAGCAAAUAACCUGCAUGCUUUUAAAGUUAACAUAAACAGCUUGGAUCUUCUUCUAGACAAUUAAAUCUUCCAGUUCCUGGAGUUCUUUGCACACCUUUGUAGAUCUUGCGUUCCUCUGAGAUGCAGUUAACCCCAUGCUAUGUAGCAACUGAAUAAACAUUCUUCUUUGUGUUGUUCAAACGUUCUUUGGCAGACGUGUUCUCAUCAGGGCAGAAUUUAGUCUGUCUGUCGUUGCCUUUAAUACUGUACAAUAAGUAGCUAUAUGUUAGACCAUUUUCACUGACAAAGCUUCAUGCUAUUUUUACAUCUGUCUCCAUUGGCUAGAACAGAUGGAAUAUGCUCAGUUUAACAUUCACUAAACUUGUUUGCUUAAAGGGACACUAUAGUCACCAAAACAACUUUAGCUUAAUGAAACAGUUUUGUUAUAUAGAUCAUGCCCCUGCAGUCUCAAUGCUCAAUUAUCUUUAGGAGUUACAUCACUUUGUUUAUGAACCCUAGUCACAACUCCCUGCAUGUGACUUGCACAGCCUUCCUAAGCACUUCCUGUAAAGAGACAUCUAAUGCUUAUCCUUCCUUUAUUGCAAGUUCUGUUUAAUUUUGAUUUUCCUAUCCCCUGCUAUAUUAAUAGCUUGCUAGACCCUGCAAGAGUCUGCUGUAUGUGAUUAAAGUUCAAUUUACAGAGCAAGAGAUAAAAAUUGUUUAAUAUAAAUUACAUCAGAUUGAAAGUGAAACCAGUUUUUUUUUUUUCAUGAAGGCUGUGUCAAAGGCUGCAUAAACAGAAACAAAGUGAUUUAAAGCUGCACUGUCAUGCCGAACUUACCUUUCCCCAAUCUGUUCCUCUUCUCUCCCUCUCUUGGGAUCUGUUAUUCAUUUCUUCCUGUCUGCUGUAGUUUUCUUUAAAAAUUAAGACAAAGUAGGGACUAUUUCUCUUCUGGAGGUUUCCUACGCCAUGACCAGCGGAGGAGCAAAGUGUGCUUCGUUUCCUGUGGUCAGAGCUAUUUUCCCAUAACCCUUGGCUUUCCUUCCUGUUCCCGCGAUGCAUCUUGACGGUAUUGCUGAACGUCCUGUCACUUAGACAGAACGCCGGCAAAAGUGCCGAAUUGCAUCCUAACAGAAUGAGAACAGUUUCUCCAUUCGUGUUAGAAUGCAAUUCAGGACUUUGUUUGGAUCGCAAUUUCAUUCGAAUGAAGGAAACUUCGAUCCUAUUUGUGCUAUGGCUGCAUCUUGCAGCCGCUUAGUAGAUGGCUCCCUAAUUCCCACGGUAUUAGGGAGCUAUCUACCAAAAGGCUGAAAGACCUAAAUUGGUCUUCCAGCCACAUUUACUAAGAUUACUUAGUAUUAGUAAAUUCUGCCCCUACUCGCAAUACCGCGAGUAGGGGCAUGUCUAGUAAACAGUGAGCAGCCAGUGGCUGCUCACUGUUUAAAAUUAAAUAAAUAAAAACCUAGUACCCUAAAGGAUAGUGGGGGGGAGGGGGGAGACUGUUGUCCCCCCCAAGGUGACUAGGCGUCCCAAAGCCCCUAGUCACUCCCACCCAAAUAAAAGCUAUCCCCUACCUACCCUCCUCACCCUAAAAAUAGUGAGGGGGGAAUAAAAUAACUAACCUGUAAAUAACUUACCAUUUGAUGUCUUCUUUCUUCUAAAAUCUUCAUUUUUCAGCCACAAAAAAGGCCAAAUAAAAAAACUCAUACCCGUCAAACUAAAAUAAAAUAAAUCCAGACGAAAAAGAAAAAACCUGACGCUAAUUAUUAUUUAGGGCCCCCACCCACCGCGCAGGGGUGGGGCUGGGGGAAGGACAAUAGGUUCCACCCCUUAUUGUUAUUUAGGGCAGCCACUCGGGUGGAGGGGGGGGGGGGAACGAUAUUUUUUUUGGUGUCUUUUUUUUUAACAGUGAGCAGUGACAUGCCCCUACUCGUGGUAUAGUGAGUAUGGGCAGAAUUUACUAAUACUAAGUAAUCUUUACUUCGUAUUAGUAAAUGUGGCUGGAAGACCAAUUUAGGUCUUUCAGACUUUUGGUAGAUAGCUCCCUAAUACCGUGCAAGAUGCAGCCACUGCACGAAAGGAUCGGAGUUUCAUUCAUUUGAAUGAAAUUGCGAUCCGAACAAAGUCCCGAAUUGUGUUCUAAAAGGAAUGGAGAAACUGUUCUCAUUCUGUUAGGACGCAAUUCGGCAGUUUUGCCAGCGUCCUGUCUAAGUGACAGGACGUUCGGCAAUACUGACAGGAAGCAUCGCGGGAACAUGGAGGAAAGCUAAGGAUUAUGGGAAAAUUGCUCUGACCACCGGAAACGAAGCACACUUUGCCUCUCCGCUGGUCAUGGCAUAGGAAACCUCCAGAAGAUAAUAGUCCCUACUUUGUCUUAAUUUUUAAAGAAAACUAGAGCAGACAGGAAUAAAUGAAUAACAGAUCCUGAGAGAGGGAGAGAAGAGGAAUCGAUUGGGGAAAGGUAAGUUCGGCAUGACAGUGCCGCUUUAACUCCUAAAUGGCAGUGAAAUGAGCAGUGAAACCUGAGAGGCAUGAUCUAUACACUAAAACUGCUACAUUAAGUUAAAGUUGUUUAGGUGACUAUAGUGUCCCUUUAAUUCCUUGAUUUAAUAUUGCUGCCAUACUCUUAUUGUAGUUAUGUGGCACAGUCAUUUUGAAAUCUCUAUAUGGUUAUCACUUUAUGCUACAUGUAAUGGUUGACCUUAUUACAAUAUGGAGUGUGGACAUUUUGUCCACUGUAUUUCUCCCUGACUGUAUCCUUUACUCUUUUAAUUUCCUUUUCUGUAUUCUUCUUCAUACAGAUGAAUUGCAUUAGUUAAUAUUCAAUGUCUCUUCUCUUUACAAUGUUCAACAUGAACUUUCCCCUGUGUGUAUGUCACAGGUGAUUGUAAUCUGUAAUGGAAGUUUAGAAUUUAAUGGGUGGGUUGUGUAGUACACCAAGGAUGUGGUAGAUUUUUUUUUUUUAUUCCAUGUGCCACUCUCUUCUCCUAGGCAACAUCAGGUACCUGACAUGAACUGUAUUCAUCAUAUUGCAUAAAAUUGCCAAAUGUGAGAGCAACAAAUAGCUCCACAUUUCUUGUUUUGUUGACAUUCAUGAAACCAACUUAGAAACCCUCCAUAAAUACUGCAGAGACCCACAUUUAAAAAAAGACAGACUGUCCUUGGUGUUGAAUAUUGCACCGUUUAUGUACACGCCCCCAAUAUUUUAUUAUCGUGGCUUUUCCGAUGUCUUCAAACUCAGUCUUGGCCAAUAACAUAUUUUGGAGUUGUUCUGAUGCAACAUGUCUUCAACUAGGGCAGUGUUCCGGGAAACCAUUGUUACUGAGCAGCAGUGCAGAGGUCGGUUUUAUCCCUAGGGAUACCGGAGAUAACUGGAAAUUUCCAUCAGUCCUGGCUAUUUAGAGAAAAAAAAAUUAUAGCAUUGAAUUGACCUUGUGAUACAUCUGAUAUUACUUUAGUCUUCGACAGCUGAUCAGUCUCAGGCUUACUGAUCCAUCCAAUAAAUUAAUGUUCCUCCAAAGUUCACACUGAUGGCUGUCACCGUUAAUGGUUAACCUGCAGAUUAGUUUCUAGUUAUGGGAUCAAGAAGCAGUUGACAGAAUUAAUUAAGGUAGCUCUGUUAACCUGAGGGAUGGUUUGAUGAAUUAAGGAAAAUGUUGCCAUAAGGCAUUAUGAAGUGAUGGAGAUCUAAAGGCCUCGAGGUGCCGAGAUAAUUUUGGAUAACUGCCGCUUUGAACGAAGGAGGGGCAUUUGGUAUUCUUCAAGUUAUAACAAAUUUGUAGAUGAUCUAGAAAGACAUCGUACAGCUUGUAUGCUUUGUAUAAAAUGCUAAGUUUUAGUUUUUUCCCCCUUGUUUCCAGAUUAGACGGCGGCGCCUCGCUCGACUUGCUGGAGGCCCAUCCUCACAGCCUACAACUCCGCUAACUACUCCACUCACUUCGCCACAAAGAGAGAAUCCGCCUGGACCACCAGCCCCAUGUGUGUCCCACCAGCUUGGCCUAAAUGUUCAUGGCAUGACCCCAGCUACCUCACCCAUUGGUGCAUCCGGUAUGUGACCACAUGCAUCCUCAAUAUGUGUAUUUGUAACAGUCCUUAGCAGGCUUUAGAGAUGAAUUUAAAGGGACACUUUAAUCACCAGAUCAACUACAGCUUAUUGAAUUUGUUCUGGUGAGUAGAAUCAUUCCCUUCAGGCUUUUUGCUGUAAGCACUGUCUUUUCAGAGAAAAUGCAGUGUUUACAUUACAGCCUAGUGAUAACCUCACUGGCCACUCCUCCGAUAGCUGUUAGAGAUCCUUCCUGGGUCAUGGCUGCCUAAAAUGCAUCCAAACAUUCAGUGUCUCCUCCCUCUGCAUGCAGACACUGAACUUUCCUCAUAGAGAUGCAUUGAUUCAAUUCAUCUCUAUGAGGAGAUGCUGAUUGGCCAGGGCCUGUUUGUCAGUCUCAGCCAAUCCUAUGGGGAAGCAUUGUGAUGGGAUCAGGCUACCACUUCUGCUGAUGGCAGUGGGCAGGUCUGAAAGAAACAUGCACAAAGCAUGCAGCUGCAGACUUUAAUAAAAGUAAGAAUUACUAUAUUUAGGGAGGCAUGAGGGGACCAGGGUGGCUAGAUGGUGGUUUUAACCCUUUAGGGUCAGGAAUGCAUGUUUGUGUUUCUGACCAUAUAGUGCUCCUUUAACCAUUUACCCUGUUUGGAUGGGGUGCGUUUAUUUUCUUCCCUGCUUUAGGUCUAUGUGUCUUGAUUUUUGAUGAACCUGUAGUGCCAGGAGGCUGUUUUAUCCUUUCAGAGUUUCCUUGCUGGUUUCUCUCUGGCUUUUAUUAAAUCACAAAUGUCGACUUUUGUCCUUUACCUUCUUAGACUUUGGUCUGCAGUACAUGAAACAUUUGCCAAAUUCUAAUAUUAAAAGUACUCUCCAGUGCCAGGAAAACAAACCCGCUUUUUCCUGGCAUGGCACUAUCUUGCAGUGCCCCCUUCCCGCCCCCUAUGCCAUGUCACUGAAGGGGUUAAAGCCCCUUCAGCUAGUUACCUGAAUCCAGUGCCGUUGUCCCUCGGCGCUGGGUAAGGCUCCGUCCAUGCUCCUCCCCCUACGGGGGAGACCUAAUGUGCGGCAGACCUCCCCAUAGGAGAGCAUUAUUCAAGGCUUUAUGGGGAAAAUCUGAUGCUGGAGGUCAGUGAGGACUUCCAGUGUCAGAUAACAGACCAAAAGUCUGUUAUGAAUCCGGAAGCACUGAAGGCAGAUUUAGAGCUACAAUGUAAACAUUGCAGUUAUCUGUUUUUACAUUGCAGCACUAAGUGCAAUAGGGGAACAGCACCCAGACCACUUCAAUUAGCUGAAGUGGUCUGGGCGCAUGGAGUGUCCCUUUAAGUCCCAAUCCUUAUUUCUAAAGUAAACCUAACCUACAGCUAUCAUUCCUUGGGUGCGGUAUUUGAGUACAGAAACACCUCCUGUUCCUAGAUACCUACAGCAGAGAAUUAUGUAUGUAUUUAUGUUUUUUGAACUGCUUAAGAAGGAACAAAUCAAUACUUAUUUAUUUCGUAUUCUUUAUUUUAAUACUCUUUAACUCUUUUGCCUUACAUCUUAUUCUAUUUUACGUUUUUCAUGAAUUUGUGAUGCAAGACUAGAUUCUUCAGUGAUGUACUAUAGGGACGCCAGAUCAACUAAUUUAUUUUGAAACUUUGUCAUUUGUGUUUCAAUUCACAUAAAUUCUGAAUUUAGUGAAUAAAUAUAGCAGUGAUGGCGAACCUUUUUGAGCCUGAGUGCCCAAAUGGCAAUCAAUGCCAGUUUUUUUACUCAAAGUGCCAACACUGCAAUUAUACCUGAAUACUGAGGUUUAAGUUUAGAAAAAACAACUUGUCCGAACUAAUUAACAUCUUUUGUUUUAAAAGAACACAACAGCAGAGUUCAAUGAUACAAAUGUUAAAUAAUGAUAUAAAUAGAUAAAAUUAAGCUUAUAUUUAUUAUCUCCAACAAAUGCAGUACAUACAUACACAGACUGCUGAAUACAUACACACAGACUGUGUAUUUGGGGGGAUGGGGGUGGUAGUAAAGAUACAUAAAGAUUUUAUGUAUUUUUUAUUUUAUCCCCCUCCCUUCUUCUUUCCUUUGAAAGAAGCCCUGGUGUUCUGUUGGCGGUGAGUAUGUGCCUGGCUGCAGCUCUCCUGUCCUCCCGUGCAACUCUGUGUGGAGCGUUAACAUGGGAACGCGCGGCAACGCUCCACACAGAUUGCGCUGCUUCCUUGAUCCCUCCCCCUGCCUCCAGGUUGUCCCGACACGAAAGCAGAGUAGGCGCCUGCUGUUUUGGGCAGGCAGGUGCCUACUCUGCAUUGCUGCCGACCGGCGCCAGCAGCACCCUCCUCCGGUGACCAAUGGCCGCGUGAGGGUUCAGUGUGCCACAGGUUCGCCAUCACUGCCCUAUAGAGUCCAACUAGGUCAACAUCUAGUAAAGAAUGAGCUUUCUAAAGUAAUGUUAAAGGGGCACUACAGUCACCAAAACCAUUACAGCUUAAUGUAGUGGUUCUGGUGUUUGUUGCAGUUUCCUGCAGGCUUUUCAAAAGUGGCAGGGAGCUAUAGGGAAUUAAUCGGAGUGUAAAUUAGGAAUCCCUCUCUAGCUCCACUUUGGCUCAUUGAGUGUUGGACUGCAAGGGAACGAUUACUGUGGUUAGCACCUACUGAAGGUGAAGACCACAUGCUUCCCACUGGACCAUUUGACACUUUAGUCCUCCCAUGGACCGGCCCGAUCCUUUAAUAUUUGCAAUAAGAUAAAGAUUUUAUAUUUAGAAUAACUUUUCCUAUUGGCUUAACAGUUGUCAUAAUUGAUUUUAUGUUAUACCAUUAGAAUUACGAAGACAGUGAUGAAAUUGUUGCAUGUUUAAUAGGUUGAUCACUUAUAUUUGGAAAAGUAUUUAAAUUGGUUUAUUUAACUAAAAUAUAUAGCUGCCUUGAAACUAUGUAUAAACGUUAAAGGACCACUAUAGUGCCUGGAAAACAUACUCGUUUUCCUGGCACUAUGGUGCCCUGAGGGUGCCCCCUCCCGCCCGGCUCUGGAAGGGGGAAAGGGGUUAAAACGUACCUUUUUCCAGCGCUGGGCGGGGAGCUCUGCUCCUCCGAUCCUCCUCUUCUCCUCCCCGUCGGCUGAAUGCGCACACGCGGCAAGAGCUGCGCACGCAUUCCGCCGGUCACAUAGGAAAGCAUUAUCAAUGCUUUCCUAUGGACGCUGGCGUGCUCUCACUGUGAAAAUCACAGUGAGAAGCACGCAAGCGCCUCUAGCGGCUGUCAAUGAGACAGCCGCUAGAGGAAAUAGGGGAAGGCUUAACCCAUUCAUAAACAUAGCGGUUUCUCUGAAACUGCUAUGUUUAUGAAAAAAUGGGUUAACCCUAGCUGGACCUGGCACCCAGACCACUUCAUUAAGCUAAAGUGGUCUGGGUGCCUAGAGUGGUCCUUUAACUUUGCCUGGCAUGGUUGUUUAUUUAAAUAGUUGUUAUUAUUGGCAUUUAUAUAGUGCCAACUUAUUCCAUAGCACAUUACAAUAUUAUAAAGAUAGAAAUUCAUCAAUCAAUUAGACCAUUAAAAAUGUUGCAGGAAUAAAAGGUUGAUUUGGACUCUGCUCAAAUUAAUUUACAAGUUGUUUAUUUAAAUAGCAGCAGCACAUAGCCACAGCUGUACUGAAGAUGCGUGUGAGCCUGAGAUGACAUAGUCACUGUUAAAGGAAUGCUCCAAGCACCACUACUACUACAUCACACUCCUGUUAGUAUUGGUACUGGCUUCUUGUGCUUGGAGUGUUCCUUUAAAGCUUACAUUUACUGCGGCUCAAGCAGUCCCAGAGCUGCUUCGUUAGUCUGUUCUUGAGAAUAUCUGCUACCUUCGACAGUCAAUUUGUCCAUUUCCUGGUUUUUAAUAUUUGGACAACUCACAGACUACAUAUUCAGUAAGGUAGCUUGUGUGAUCUCAUAGUGUCCUUUGAACACUGGGAAUAUGCCAUCCUAAUUUAAAAGGUUGCAAUUUAGCAUGUUCGUUUGGGAUGGCUAUUGGAUAUAUUUCAUUUCAGACAUACCCUGCUCUCAGUCAACAUUCUAGUUGAAUUAUCUGUAAAUAACUAACACAGAUCAAGAGUUUUUGUUCUAAAGAUGCAUUUUGUUCCUGUGAGUGGCUUGUGUGCUAAACAAUGCACCUUCAUAACACUUCAUGCAGUUUCUCUAUUAUGAGUACUGUAUAUAAACCUAAUCUUUUCAUCUUUAUACAUAUGCCCGCUCUUAAAUAGGUUUGCCAUUUAAAAUACACAAUGUCGUCUUUCCCUGUUAGAUACACUUUAACAAGUCAUUGUUCUCUGAAAAAAUACAGGUUGAUAUUUUGUGUCCAAAGACCUUCCAAAGUUGAAACUUUGCAAAUAUAAGGAAAAUUCAAUAUGUGUGGCCUGGGGUUUGAAAUGCAGAUAAAUCAAGACAGAUCUGAUUUUCUCUGACCGCCAAUCAGAGCCUAUUGUUACUAGAUGUAUUAUGCACUAGGAUAAGGAUUAGGGCCUGUUUUUCAAAAAACAAAACCUAAGUGUAGUGAAUUGGAAUCUAACAGAAUUACUCUUUGUAUUUGUAAUUGUUAAAGUUCAGAAUUUAGUAAAAAAAAAAAAAAAAAAACCUUGAUUUAUCCUACAGUGUUUAUGGGUGUUGUCUAGAAUACAGAUCUGUUGACACAAUGUUUUGAUCACAUGCAUCAAGUUCUUAAAGGACCACUCUAGGCACCCAGACCACUUCAGCUUAAUGAAGUGGUCUGGGUGCCAGGUCCUUCUAGGGUUAACCCAUUUUUUUUUUAUAAACAUAGCAGUUUCAGAGAAACUGCUGUUUAUGAAUGGGUUAAGCCUUCCCCUAUUUCCUCUAGUGGCUGUCUCAUUGACAGCCACUAGAGGCGCUUGCGUGCUUCUCACUGUGAUUUUCACAGUUAGAGCACGCAAGCGUCCAUAGGAAAGCAUUGUAAAUGCUUUCCUAUGCGACGGGCUGAAUGCGCGCGCAGCUCUUGCCGCGCGUGCGCAUUCAGCCCAGGAGGAGGAGAGGAGGCAGACAGCUCCCCGCCCAGCGCUGGAAAAAGAUAAGUUUUAACCCCUUUCCCCUUUCAAGAGCCGGGCGGGAGGGGGUCCCUGAGGGUGGGGGCACCCUCAGGGCACUAUAGUGCCAGGAAAACUAGUAUGUUUUCCUGGCACUAUAGUGGUCCUUUAAACAAGAUAUAGUUGGGUAAGCAAUUCUAAGGUCAUGUUAACACCAUGCCAGAAUACCUAAAUAAAUCACACUUUAACCCUCUUCCCAUCCAAACACUCUCUUGGCAUGCUGUUUUCAUUCCCCCCCCUUUUUUUAUUUUUUUUUUUCGGUGUACCAUGGGGUAACUUAUUUCUCCUUUAGCCGUGAAUCCCCUAGCUCUUUAUUAUUAUGUUAUUUAUAUAGUGCCAUAAAAUUCUGCAGCGCUUUACAAUGGGUGGACGAACAGACAUGUAGUUGUAGUGGUUAUCUGCAUAAUCGGAUACCCCCCCCCCCCAGCCGUCUUUGCACAGAGAACAGUUUGUUCUUACUGUCCUGAGUACCCGUAGGAGGAAGGGGCCUGCUGUGUGUUUGGUGACAGGGCUGCUGAAAGUUGGGAAGCUUCUCCCUGCACAUAAACAGCAGUGGAAAACUAAGCUGCCACGGGUUACACAAGUGAGAUGUUUAGUCAUGUUUUAUAUCAUUGAAGCAAUUGUAGGGAGCAACAUAUUUUUUUUUUUUUUUUUUAACACUUAAAGUAACAUGAUUAAUGCAGCCCUGGUCAUUUUUCCUCAUGCUAGCAGAAGGUUUCGCAACUUGUCAUUGUUGUGAUGAUAUAAAACAGGCUUCGUCACGUGACCAGUAGCAUUUAAAACAAAAGACUAGCAGACCAGAAACUGAUUUAUUAACCGUAGGUCACAUGGUGGGAUAAGAUUUUUAUUUUCGUUUAUUUUUCUUCAACUUACCUACAAAAAGUAUUAAUCUUUUUAAUCCUCAUUUGCUAAACCUGGUGUUGAUCAGUUUGUGUUUAAAUUUUCAGAGUAGUUAAAUUGGAACGCUAGCUGAGUGGGAUGCAUUCUGUGCUAUUUUCAAAAUAUUUCUCAAUUACAUUGAAGAGCUGUCACUUCUCUGUAAACGAUCGUUAUCCGUUCACCCACACUCAGUGCCAAGGGAGUUAGAUUCAUUUACAUGGUACUCUUGCUUAUACCAUGUAACGAUAGAGUAACUGGCUUGUUGCAGAUGCUUUCUACAUUUUCAGAAUCCCAUUCAGGACAUGGCGUGUAACCCCAUGUUUCGUAGACCUUGCUAGUCAUAUUUUGCUUUGUUCUUUCUUGAGCAGUCAUCAGAUAUUUAAAAAUCUCAGUCUUAGUUCUGUGCUUCACAAAAACAGCUAUAAAGUCCCAGUCAAUCUGACUUUAUAGGGCUUUCCUUAAUCCUAGUGCUAUCUGGGGAAUGCAGUGCUGAUCAAGAAACUAUAUUACAAAACACGUACAUUAAACCUCUGUUUUGGCUUCACAGGGGCAGUACGACACCAGAAAUUUUCCUCUGCACUGGGACAAAUUUAAAGAACAGUUUUUGUGUGUGUGUCUCUCCCUAUCUCCCCCUCUAUCUCCCUCUAUCUCCCUCUAUCUCCCUCUAUCUCCCUCUAUCUCCCUCUAUCUCCCUCUAUCUCCCUCUAUCUCCCUCUAUCUCCCUCUAUCUCCCUCUAUCUCCCUCUAUCUCCCUCUAUCUCCCUCUAUCUCCCUCUAUCUCCUCUAUCUCCCUCUCUCUCCCUCUCUCUCCCUCUCUCUCCUCUCUCUCCCUCUCUCUCUCCCUCUCUCUCCCUCUCUCUCCCUCUCUCCCUCUCUCUCCCUCUCUCUCCCUCUCUCUCCCUCUCUCUCCCUCUCUCCCCUCUACUCUCCUCUCUCCUCCCCUCUCUCUCCCUCUCUCCCUCUCUCUCCCUCUCUCCCUCUCUCCCUCUCUCUCCUCUCUCUCCCUCUCUCUCCCUCUCUCUCCCUCUCUCUCCCUCUCUCCUCUCUCUCCCUCUCUCUCCCUCUCUCUCCCUCCUCUCUCCUCCCUCUCUCUCUCUCCCUCUCUCUCCUCUCUCUCUCUCCCUCUCCUCCCUCUCCCUCUCUCCCUCUCUCUCCUUCUCUCUCCCUCCCUCUCCCUCCCUCUCUCUCGCUCUCUCUCCCUCUCUCUCCCUCUCUCUCCCUCUCUCUCCCUCUCUCUCCCUCUCUCUCCCUUUCAUGAUAUCCUCCAAGCGACAACCUAUAGUUGAAGCCUUGGAAGCCAUCGCCCCUCGUACAGAAUGAGAUGAAAAACUCAAUACAUCAAUCCCUGCUGUAGAAAGUGUGGCAAAUCUAGCCACUUUAGGUCAUAUUGCAGAACAUUUAAAGGUCUGAAAUAGCUGUGUUAACAUGGUGUAAAAAUGUAUUUGUGUGUUUUAGAAUAGAGAGCAUGCAUAGGCUAACAGCCGUGAAUAAAAUUGUCAGUUGACUCCUGGAGCCGUGAAUAAAAUUGUCCGUUGACUCCCUGAACUGUGUUUCGUCCGGUUACUGGGGGAUUUGGGAUAUUGCCUUCUUUUCCAGCGCUUUACUUUGGAUUACCUUCUAUACCAGCAGAGAUCUUGGGAUUUAAUGUUGCAGCUCCGCUACAAUUGGUGGCAAGCAACAGGAUCCAACCUUACAGCCGAAAAGCGGUGUUCGGGUAAUUGAAACUACCGAACAGGAAAGUGAAUGGCAAUUCGGAUACAACAAAGAACCAAGAAUGGAGCGUUACACCCCCACCAGCCAUGGAAGAAACCCCCUUCCAAAAGGAAAUGAGGACCAGGAUGGAAUUUUUACCCCAGCCAGUACCCCCUGAUAAUACUUGACAGUAUUGAUGGCGGAUGUGCAGGAGUAUGUGAUGGCACACGGACCGCAGGAUGCUCCUCCCAGAGCAGAGUCUAUUACUGCUUCAGUCGUCAGCCAGGUAAAGCCUAAGAUCCCAUACCAUGCGUUUAAAAUGUUCUGUGAAGAGAAAGACGAGAUUGAUGGGUAUCUAUAAGCUUUGAGAGGCUAUGUGACUUGCAUGAUUUGGAGCAGGCAGUGUGGGUACCUUUACUGGCAGGCAAACUGUCAGGUCGGGCAGCCGAAGCCUAUCGGGCUUUACCCAGGGAGUUUCGAGGGUUGCGCAAACCAGAUAGAUUCCCACGCAGAGUGGGCCCACAAACUGGACCAAGCCUCCCAGGGGCGGAUACAAGUCAGUCAAGCAACCACCAUGGAGGAGUUACGGCAAUUGCUGCUGUUUCAGUUUUUCAAUGGCUUGUCCCCAGAGGCACAGGAAUGGGUGAGAGAAAACCCCUCACCCUAACAGAAGCUGCAAGACUAGCAGACCAGCACUAUGACGCCAGGAGGCAUCACGGUAACCUCAACCGAGGCUACCCCUACUGCACCUACAGCAAACCCAUUCCGGCCAACCCCGGAGGGGCACACUCCACCAUCCAGGUAUAAUGGCAGAGCGAAUAUACAGUGCCAUACGUGCAAACAAUGGGGCCACAUGGCGAGAGAGUGUACCCAGAACCGGAGCCGCCAAGCAUGGAGCCAGGUACGGCAGAAUCCAGCACCAAGAGCAGCCGCCCAAAACUACCAAGCCGAGCCAGCAACCCAGGAGAUACUUUUUAAUCAGACCCUGGGGAUACUACACGAUGUGAUGUCGGUACAAGCCACAGGCAACACCAAUGCCAGCUAGUAACCCUGGAAGGGAAAGAGGUCCAAGGGCUCCGGGAUUCGGGUGUCACUCUGACUCUGGUAGCCCCUCAUUUGGUUCCAGGCUCCACACACACCGGCGGAUCUGUAGCAGUGCGAGUAGCAGGGGGAGCAGUAUACAGAUUACCCACCACAAAAGUACAUUUGAAUUAGGGUGUUGGGGAGGACAUGGUAGAGGUUGGCCUGAUGCAGAAACUGCCAGCGGAUGUCGUAUUGGGAAACAAAUGACUUCGGCCUUUUCUGAAAGGGUAGUGGGGGGCAGGGGGAUCUGUGAAUGUGACUACUAGACAGCUAGUGGUCCCCCAGAAAUAUAGACAGGAACUUUUUUGGAUCACUCACGACAUCCUUAUCUGGGGAUGACUCUCACCCGAUACUGCUUGACCCACGCCCUUUUCUGGCCGGGUAUAUCCAAGGACGUGCGGCAGUACUGCCAGACAUGUGACAUCUGUCAGAGAGUAGGCAAAAGGGGUGACCGCCACAAGGCCAAAUUAUGCCCACUGCCCAUCAUAGACGAACCAUUCAGUAGAGUGGCUGUAGAUAUAGAGCCCUUACCAAAACCCAGUCCCUCCGGCAAGACAUAUAUCUUGACCAUAGUAAACUACGCCACCCGGUACCCCGAAGCAGUAGCCCCCUCUAAUAUCCACGCCGAGACAGUGGCCGAGGCCUUAAUGAAAGUAUUCUCCCGAGUGGGGUUCCCCCAGGAGAUCAUAUCGGAUAGGGGUAUGCAGUUCACGGCCAAGGUGACCCACCAACAAUGGAGAAUAUGUGGCAUUAAACCUAUUGUGAACUCUGCGUACCACCCGCAGUCUAAUGGGUUAUGUGAAAGGUUUAAUGGGACGUUAAAGCAGAUGCUCCGUACCUUUGGAGAGGCCUAUAAGGAUUGGGAGCGAUUCCUACCCCAUCUGCUAUUGGCUUACAGAGAGGUACCCCAAGAGUCCACAGGCUUUUCUCCUUUUGAACUACUGUUUGGGAGAAGGGUGCGAGGACCUUUAGAUUUAAUUAGGGAGCACUGGGGGGGGGGGGGAAGUAGUACAGAUGGGACACCAUAUGUGCUGGAGCUCAGGGACCGCUUGGAGGUACUAACCCAGACCGUACGGACCAACCUCCAGGCGGCCCAACAACGCCAGCGCCGCUGGUAUGAUAGGGGAGCCAGAGACCGCAGCUUUCACGUGGGACAGAAAGUUUUGAUUUUAAAACCUGUUCACAAUGACAAGCUGCAGGCCAUCUGGCAAGGCCCAUACCAGGUGGUGGAACAGAGAUGUGACACCGCCUAUGUGAUUGGCCCCUGCUCAGGGACAGGGAAGAGACGCAUGCUCCACGUGAAUAUGCUCAAACCCUACCAUGAGAGGAAAGAGGACGUUGCGGCGAUAUGCACUUCAGCCUCUGAGGAUCAGGAGAAUCUUCCGCUACCUGACUUAUUAGAGCGGGAAGAUCAGGCAGAGGCCUCCACAGGUGUUCAGCUGGGGGAGCGGCUAAGUUCUCAGGAGCGUGCCCAGGUACAGGCGUUAAUCGCUGCUAAGGGAGCCACUUUCUCCAAUUUGCCAGGGUACACCCCGCUAGCUACUCACAGAGUUGAGACCCCCGGACAGCUACCUAUGCGGCAGACCCCAUACCGUAUCCCGGAAGCGGUCAAAGAACAUAUGAGGAAGGAAAUUGUGGAAAUGUUGCAGCUUGGGCUUAUUGAACAUUCAGAUAGCCCCUGGGCAUCGCCGACCCGCAAAAACCUUCCUCGACAGGCUCAGUAACUGCCAUAGAUACCAGUUUGUAUCAAUCUUUAAUAAUAUUGCCUUACGGCGUUCAGACGACAUAGCCGUGUUGGCGUUACCCAACAGGCAAAUCAGGCGUUGAACCCAUCCUAUAGCCAUGUCGAAGUCCAUGGCAGUCUCUCCCGCUUUAGCAGAUUCCAAUAGCUCAUAGAGCUUAGAUGUUGGGCCAGUCGUUUCUAGGAGUUUGUCUUGGCAAUUUUUAAGUGCAAACUUCAGGCCCUUCUUGGCUUCCCAGCCCAUUUUUCCCAAAAAUUGGGAUAUCUUUGGGUCCACUUCUGGGGUCUUACAGGCCUCAUCAGGCACGAUAGGGCGGGGGCAUUCAGCUCUGUUUUUGUCGUCCCUCCUUUGACAGAGGCGUGCGCGAUCGCAACGCCAGGUAAUUUGCUAUAUGCGUGCGUGGCUCCCACUCCACGGAAUGCGGGUGACGUAGGCCUUCCGGGUCGAACAGGAGACAGGCUGUAGGUGGCAACAGCUGAAAAGCAGCUAAACACUGUAGAAAAAGCUGACAGGGGGAAACUAGGAUUGAGUAACCCACACUAUAUAAUCCUAAUAGCACUGAAUACUGAUAAAAUAGUGGUAAACUACUGACAGAAAUAGAUCUGGUGUAUACCUUGCCGGAGGAGCCUGGAGCCGUCAGCCAGCGAUGGAAGAAGAGAAACCACACAGGUUUUCAGCACAGAAAGCGCGCCAACGGCAGUAUCCGGCUCCUCCCCCCCACAAUGGCCGGGAGCGCACAGAGCCCACGGCCGGUUGAAAGCGUGAGAAACUCAGCCGCACAGGGAGAAUACACUCCCGCGGCUAAUUAGACCGAGCGUGGCGGCUCUCCCAGGGGAGGGGGAACCACUGGCUCUCAAAUGUGGUUGUAAGCCGUGAGGGAGGGAGGCAUAAACAAAGGGAGACAGGGGUAAAGAAAACACCCAGGGAUGUCCCCCAAAUCACCGGUAUCACAAGCGUUUUAGAAAAUAAAAUUAAAUAAAAUACACCAUUAAUACUGAAGAAAAAAUGGGUACUUAUCUCUGAGGGAGCAGCAAGAAAGAGGAGGAGCAACAGAUGACCGCUUCCUUUCAUAUGGACACUGAGACAUUAUUGGCUGCCACUGUAACUAAGCAGAUUUAAAUAUUAAUGUUUAAAGCUUUGUUAGUUUUUCUCUCAACUUUUCUUGCUGCUGAGGGAAUAAAUAAGAAAGAAAAUGCAUAUAUACUCUCCUCCGUGUUUAUAAUAAAAUUAUAAAUCAUGCAACAUGUCUGUGUGGGUGAUGACCCCACAUGUCAAACUAAAAAACUACUGCGUAUAUCAUUGAUAACCCCACUCCUAUAACAGCAAGAUAAAUGAGGAGAUCCCUCUUAAAGGCAUUUCUUCUGCUUUCCAGUACAGAAAUUACAGCGCAUACUCUGGUUACAAAACUAGACGUGCUGGCAGGACUAUAGGAAUGAAGUGAUAGAUGCCAGCCUGUCUACGACCCACUGAGUUGACAUUAAAGCUAGGUAGGUGUCUUCGGGAUGUGUUCCCGAGCAGGUCCACUCGCUUCCAAAAAGAUUUAGAAGUAAGGUUGAAGCUAAUAUUUGUAGCACUUACAAAUCCAGAUCAUGGCUGUAGCAAAGUACAAUAGGCUGAAAAGAGACCUGUGUCCAUCAAGUCAGCCUUCCUUACAUCUGGUUUUUGCUGUUGAUCUAAAAGAAGGCAAAAAAAAAAAAAAAACAGUUUGAAAAACUUCCAAUUUUGCAACAAACUAGGGAAAAAAUCCCUCUUGACCCCACAAUGGCAGUCAGAUUUAUCCUUAGAUCAAGAAGCUAUUAACCCACAGUUGAAAAAAUAUCUUUUGAAUAUUCUGUUGCAAGUAUGCAUCUAGUUGCUGUUUAAAAAUUGGCACAGACUCUGAUAAAACCACUUCUCCUGGCAGAGAAUUUCACAUUCUUUUUGUUCUUGGGUUAAAAAACAACAACUUUCCUUUGCCUUAGACUAAAUCUUCUUUCUUGCAGUCUAAACAAAUAACCCUGGUGUCCUAUGUAAAGUCAUGUUUGUGAAUAGAUUUCCAAACACCGGAUAUGUUUCUGUUAGACAGGGCUUACAAUUUCAAGUUCUACGCCAAUAGCCAAGCCCUAAAAUUUACUUUCCACUAAAUAUUCACACACCAAUGGCUAGCCCUGGUUGAUUUCUAAAAUGAAUUGUUAGUUACCGGUUUCCGAUGACGUGAAUCUGUAAUCUGUGCAAAAUACAGACUGCAGGAACGGUGCAUACAAAAAUAUACAGGUUUAAACGUUUCAUGGUUACUUAGAAUCUCUUCUCUUGGCAAAUAAAAAUGGGCAUUUGGGUCAUGGCCAUAACAUGUUAUGCCCACCAUGGAGUCAAAGUACCCCAGUAUCGGUGGGUCCUACAAUCAUCAUUUUAACAUGGCAGAUAAACAUUCCAACUGCAAAUCUUACUGCUUAAACUGCUUCCAGUAUCUCUUCAAAUGUAUGCUUGUUCUAUCUGUGCCUCCCAAUACCCCCUUUGACUUUGAUAUUUUUUUUUUUAUUAACAAAAAUCCUGUAACACAAAAUAACUCCAGGGGUUUAUGAUAGAUUCCAUUUUGAAAUCAUGCUUAGAACCAAUAUUUGUAGAGAAUUGUGAACCACUUACGGAUUACUCCAAACGGUAUUGAGAUAAAGCCAUACAUUUCUCUGUAAACUAUAUUAACCCCGUAAGGACACAACUUCUGGAAUAAAAGGGAAUCAUGACAGAAUAUUUCCAUCAUGUGUCAUUAAGGGGUUAAAAAUGUGUUUGACUGCAAGAGAGCACUGAAUUAUAUGUGGGAAGAAUAAGCAUUAUCUUUGCUUGGCUGUGUUGGUUACACUCAAUAUAGCAAUCAAAUUUGUUGAAUGACUUAAUUUUGGGAAGCAGCUAAUAAUGUGGCAAAUCAUAAAUUCACUUACUUUAUUGCAACAUAUAGGAAGAAUGAUUCCUGCUACUCUUCAGCUGACAAUAGUAAACCUGUAAUCUCUUCUAGUGAGUGGCUAAAGAUCAUGGAAGUUGUAGUCCAACUACAGGAAAGCUGCAAUGUACAUAUGCCCUUAUUUAUUGUUUUUCAUGCAUCAGUGUUUACAUGGGUCUUAGGAACGUCCUAGUAACCAGUGUUAGCUGUUCUUGGAUGAGAAUGUAUAAAUUGACUGUAAAACAUAGUGCCUCCUCUGUGUGUUCAAAUAACAUACAUCGUAUUAGUCCAGUAGACAAGAUGCCAAAAUACCAGAGUAUUGUGCAAUGAUACCUUUUAAUUAAACUAAUAUAAUAUUCUCUCUCUCUCCUUUAAAAUAUGUUGGUUCAAUAAUACUUUGGAUUUAUAUUGAUCUCCUGUGCCAUCAGUGAGGUGAAUUUUUGCUCACUUAAUUUCACUUACUAAUUGCUAGUGGUGAGUAUAAAUUUAGAGCUCUGUAUAGAUAAUUAUUUGCUUUGUUGAUACUAUUCGGUACGGAGUAUGUUUAUGCUCAUGUGUAUUGUUUUUUUAAUUUUUUUCUUUUUUUUUUUUUUUCUCUAUUUUUGACAGGGGUGGCCCAUCGGAGUCAGAGCAGUGAAGGAGUCAGCUCACUCAGCAGUUCUCCAUCAAAUAGCCUUGAAACACAGUCUCAGUCUCUUUCCCGUUCACAAAGCAUGGAUAUUGACAGCGUGGCUUGUGAAAAAAGGUAAAAAGGGUUAAUGGACUCUAAGUGCCCUAUCCACUACAGCAUGUUCAGUGGUUAUGGUACAAUGAGUCUGUGGGUGCCCGUUACCUGUUUACCAAGAAACUAAAUCUAAAGCCCUGUAUGUAGCUGUUUAACCUUGGGCAGCAAUGGUGGGCUAACUCGCCUGCAAGACUCACAAACGAUUAUUACCGUCCAGGGUUGGUCUGCUUUGCGUAGAAAUUGUGGAUGCUAAACUUCAAUUUGUAUAAGGUGAGGGGACAGGCUUUGUGUGCCAGUACAUCUCCAGUUUAAAACUCCUCGAAUUGUUUGACCGGAAACAAGGGGAUCUAACAAACCUUCUAGUAAUACAAAAAGCUCUAGUGGUUAUGUGCUUAUAGUGACCACUUGGACUGUAGAAACUGGGGGGAUAUUACACGUUUCAGGGGACCUGUCUCGAUCACACCUUUUAUUACUGCAAACACUUAAGAGCUGUGGUUGUUGGUCAUUUCAUACCUCUGUAAUUGGUACUGCCCUGUAGAGUUCCUUAUAUGUACGUGUAAGUCAUUGUUGUUUUUGAAGGCAAAUGUAUGUCAUCUGCAUAAAAUGUAUGUUGUGUGCAUACCAAAAAACUAUUUCUUAAGUUCUGCAGUUUCAAGUUAUUUUAGUAACUACACCUGACCAACUAAAUAUUUUUUUGUCCUUCUAGAGUACCUCUAAAAAUAUAAUUAAAAGUUCUAAACAUUCUUUUUGAUAUUGUACUUUAUGCAGUGACAUAUUUUCAGUGAUCAACAAGCCUCUCUUGCUGUGAGAUAGUGUUUGAUUGAAUUUGUUCUGAAUUAUACCACACAAAAUACAAUUUAUAAUUAAUCAGCUCCUUAAGAGUUGGUUUUUUAAAGGAAUCAAAAGUUGUUUCAAUUCUAGUGGCUGUUUUAAAAUGUUUGGCAUAGAUCGAUAGACGAGGAGGACUAGAUGCUUGCCCUUAACUGCCUUUAGUCUAAUAUUUUUUCUGAUGGGUUUUACUUUGCAUUGGCUACCCUUGCACUACUGAUAUUCGGAAACUGUGCAGGUUGGGAGUCAUGGUUAAUGUAUUACUUUGUCAAGAUUAGGCCAACACCACUUUAGUGAUUAAUGCAGUUUUGGUUAUAGUGUGUGUGUGUGUGUGUGUGUGUUGUGAUAGUACAACAUUAAAUAAUUAUGUUCCCAUUGUAAUAUUUUCCAGCAUGUCCCAGGUGGAUGUGGACUCAGGAAUAGAAAAUAUGGAAGUAGAGGAGAGUGAUCGCAGGGAGAAAAGAAGCCUCACAGAUAAGGUAUGCCAUUUUCAAUCCUCACCCAUGUUUUCUAGGCUAUUUUGGGAAAGAAUUUUAUUAUUUGACCAGUGACAGCUGGCAGCGUUUUUUAUUUUGGUUUUUCUUUUAGGAACCGUCUGCUGGAACUGAAGUAUCAGAGGAGCAGUCCUUGCAGCUGGUCUGUAAGAUCUUUAGAGUUUCCUGGAAGGAUCGAGAUAGAGAUGUGAUUUUCCUGAAGUCCCUUUCCUCUCAGUUUAAGCAGAAUCCUAAAGAAGGUAUUUUUCAUUUUAAAGAACAUGUUGUUUUCUUUUUUGCUUUUAUUUUCUUCUCACUUAUUAAAAAUCCAUGUCCCAAAAUAUGUGAGUGAAUAAGUGAGAUUGAAAAUGUAAGGCCUGCUCAUUGUAAGCAAAAUCAUGAGUAAGUACCUACGCCACGUCACGCACAUCUCUAGCAAGCAUGUGCAUUACAACUUAAACAUGCAUGGAAUUUGGAUCUGGGUCAAGGCUAUAUUCUGCUUUCACAUAUGGUUUUACUCUUGUCUUAGGGCUCCAUCAAGCAAAAAUGCAAUCUAAAAGUAGUCUAUGCAUUCUUAGUAACUGUAUACAGGAAAUGGACAGGUCUUUACAGUGAUGUCAUACAUAUGGCAAUCACCACUGAGCCUUAAAGAUUUCUUGUAAACGCUUCUUUUAUUUUCACUUAUGAUAUAAUAAAGUAUACAAUUUAUUGCUGUAAAUACUUAAGUCUCUUCCUCUUUCCUUCUCUUAGUAUACUCCUCUUUUAAGGACUUAAUUGGCCAGAUUUUAAUGGAAGUAUUGAUGAUGUCCACUCAAUCAAAGGAUGAAAACCCAUUUGCCAGCCUCACUGCCACAUCGCAGCCAAUUUUAGCUACACGGAUACCUGAGCGCACCCUAACGCUGAACACUGCAUCCAAUCCUGGCACUAGCCCCAUGUUCUGUAACACUGGCUCCUUUGGUGCCAGUUCUGCAUCCAGGCAAGUUCUACUUUAUUUUAACUAUUUUUUUUUUAAACACACUAUGAAACAUUUAUAUGGUUGAGAAUAAAAAGGUUUUUUUUUUGUUUUUGUUUUUUUUUAGUUUGAGCAGUGUUUUUUUUUUUUUAAUUAUUUAUAUGUAUGUGUAUAUGUAUGUGUGUAUAUAUAUGUAUGUAUAUGUAUGUAUAUGUGUGUGUAUGUAUAUGUGUGUGUAUGUAUAUGUGUGUGUAUGUAUAUGUGUGUGUGUGUAUAUAUAUAUAUGUAUGUGUAUAUAUAUAUAUGUAUAUAUAUAUGUAUGUAUGUAUGUGUAUGUAUAUAUAUAUAUAUAUAUAUAUAUAUAUAUAUAUAUAUAUAUAUAUAUAUAUAUAUAUAUAUAUAUAUUGAUUCGGUUUCUCCCCUCAGGAUUUACACCAAAUUUCCCUGAUAGCAUUGUGAAUUUAAAGAUCCAUUAUCAUUAUUAUUAUCAUCAUCAUCAUUUUUUUAUUUUCAAUUCUUUAUUUAGCAUUGACAUAAUGAACUGACAUGCUCAAAGUAAUAAACCAUGUAGUUGAAUACAAUGUGAAUAUAAACAAUUGUUGGUUGCCGUUAGACAUUAUAGUUGAAUAACAUAGAAUACAGAGCAGGGUUAUCUUCCCAGGGGGCAGCUUUCCCAUGGUUCCCAUAUUCUUUGGAAGGUCUUCUGGGUACCCCUCCCCCUGGCCGUCAAGUCGUCCAUUAAGUAAACUUCCAUUAAAUGAACUUCUUUAAUUCUAUUGAUUACCCCUGUUACAGAGGGAGCACUCUGCUUGAGCCAAUCUGCUGCCACUGCUCUCCUUGCUGCUAGUGUGAUUUUUGUGUAUGCGUUUUUGCUCACUUCUGAUCUUCUCGUCUAUGGGUCUGCUUAGUAAGUAUAGCCAUGGGUCUGGGUCCGGGGCCCUGGAGAAGACCUGGUUCAUUAUGUCUCUAAUUUGUGUCCAGAAUUUGCUAAUAACUGGGCACGCCCACCACAUAUGUAUAUAUGUCCCUUUCAUCCCGCAGCCCCUCCAGCACAGAUCGGUAGGAGUUUUCCUCAUGUGGUACAAUUUGACAGGGGUGGUAUACCAACGGAGCAUUGUUUUUACUGAUUGCUCCUGCAGGGUAACACAGACUGAAGAGGUAUUAUUAGCUUCCCAUGUUUCCUGCCAUUCUAUUCCUUCCAAUUCCUCCCCAAGAUCACUCGCUCAUCGCGUCGUGUAAGUGAGGUUCCCCCAUUCCCUGGUUUCCGAGCAGAGAUGGUCAUAGAGGAGUGUUAUUAAACCUUUGGGGGCAUGUUUUCCUGCAUACAUAUGUUUUCAAAGAACGUUUUUGUUUUCCGUGCUGCUACUUGUAUGUGCUGUAAUUUUGCAUAUUCCUUGAGUUGUAAGUACCGAAAGAAGUCGGCGGGUGUAAGAUGGCCACUCUGUCUUAGGGUGUCAAAUGGCACUAUCUCUGUUCCCUGAUACAACUGACAAAUGCGUUGUAGACCUGCUUGCUCCAUCAUCGCCAUUUAUUUAGCGCCAACAGAUACUGGAAUGCUUUAUAAUAUUAUGAGAGGGGAGAUUUAACUAUAAAUAGGAGAAUUACAAGAAAAUGCACAGAAACGAUAGGUGAAAGAGGACCAUUACAGUCUAUAGGAGGUGGGGUGUAAAACACAUUAGGACAGGGAAUAUCAAUCAAAUAAGGUUGGAGUGGAGGAGAGAGUAGAGUGCUGCCCUUUAGGAGAGAGCAAGAGACUGGUAUGUGAGGUAGAGGUUACUCUAGGAGGCCAUAAGCUUUCCUAAAGAGAUGGGUUUUAAGGCACUUCUUAAACGAUUGAAGUCUAGGGGAGAGUCUGAUGGCCGUAGGCUAUAGGAAGGGAGCCGCCCACGAGAAGUCCUGCAAGCGUGAGUUGGCCGUACGCGUACGAUCAGCGGACAGGUCACGGGCAGAGCGGAGACACCUAUGGAUCUGUGAAGAGGUAUAAGGGCUAGAAUUGUUCAGUGCUUUAUAUGUAUGGGUUAGCACUUUGAAUUGACUCCUAUAGGAUACUGGAAGCCAAUGUAUGGACUGACAGAGGGGUGAGGUGUGAGAGGACCGACUAGAGAGGAAAAUCAGUCUGGCGGCAGCAUUCAUUACAGACUGUAGCAGGGCAAUACGGCUUUUGGGAAAACCAAUCAGGAGAGGGUUACAAUAAUCCAUGCAGGAAAUUACUAGAGCGUGGACAAGCUCCUUGGUAGCAUCUUGCCUAAGAAAGGGACAGAUGAUGCAGGUUAUGUUUUUAAGAUGGAAUCUAUGGGAUUUGGCAACAUACUGGAUGUGAGGCUCGAAGGUGAGGUCAGAAUGAAGUAUGACGCCAAGACAGCGCGCUUGUAGGGAUGGACUUAUGUGGAUAUCACUAACUUGAAUGGAGAGCAAGAGUGGAGGAUCAGUAUUGGGAGGAAAGACAAGGAGCUCAGUUUUACAGUUUCUUCUACCCUUUCCCUCCCUCCAGCAGCACUCCAUAUGUACACUUUUGUAGUAAGCCAUAAAACACAUUUUCUAGAUGACCUUUUCCUGAUUAAUGCAGCAAGCAUUUUAAAUACCCCCAGACUAGGUUCUUGACUUGUUGCUAGUCUGCACUGGGGGCACACCUUUUAUUGCAGUCCAUCUAAUCCAAUUGUUCUUAAAGGAACACUCUUGUCACCUAAAGCACUUUAAUUUGCUAAUCUGCUUUAGGUGUAAUAAUCCCUGUAUCUGCAGGCUUUUUUAAAUCGAAAUCUGCACUUUUAUUUUUGUUUGUUUCAUAAACCCCUUUUAUCACACCUUCCCGGCUGUAGAUCAGACCUGUAACACAUCUUAUUGAGAAAUUUGUGUGACCAGUCGUGGAAUUGCACAAGCUGUCCUUAUGGGUUCUCCUACUUUAUGUACAUGGCAAUUUGCUUUGUUGACUCAUUGUUUGAAUUUAAUGUUCGCUUAGAGUUCUGUUGUAGGCUGCAAUAAACAUUCUGAUGUAGGCGGUUACCUGUGGCUUGGGGAUUCUGAUGUGCAUCUUCCAACAGUUUGUCACCCAAAAGUUAUGUUACCAAGUCUUAAUGUUAAUACUUUAGUUCCUUUCUAGGUUAGAUUUUCAUGUUGGUAACCCUUAUGUCUACAUAGCUAUGUUACCUAUGGCUCAAAGACUUAAAAGUUAAAGGACCACUAUAGGCACCCAGACCACUUCAGCUUAAUGAAGUGGUCUGGGUGCCAGGUCCCUCUAGGGUUAAUCCCGCCUGCUGUAAACAUAAAUUUCUCUGAAACUGCUAUGUGUACAAAUGGGUUAAUCCAGCCUCUGGUGGCUGUCUCAUUGACAGCCGCUAGAGGUGCUUCCGCGCUUCUCACUGUGAUUUUCACAGUGAGAAGACGUCAGCGUCCAUAGAAAAGCAUCGAUAAUGCUUUCCUAUGGACUAACUUCCCGCGUGGCUCUUGUCGCGCAUGCAGCCAAUGACGUCAGAAGAAGGAGAGUCCCAGCGCUGGAAAAGGGUAGGAAUUUAACCCCCUCCUCACCCUAGAGCCCGGCGGGAGGGGGACCCAGAGGGUGAGGGGGACCCAAGCACCCUAUAGAGCCAGGAAAAAGAGUAUGUAACUUGCUACAGUCAAAUAUCAUUGGUCACAUUUUUUAUUCUCACAUUCAUAUUUGAGAUGUAUAUAAGUAAAUAUGUGCAGGAAAUGCAUAGUCUAGGUGACUUUAACCCCUUAAGGACCAAACUUCUGGAAUAAAAGGGAAUCAUGACAUGUCACACACGUCAUGUGCCCUUAAGGGGUUAAAGGAGUUUGUAGUUUAGAAAGGUGCUUUGUGUAUACAUUGACCUGCUUUACAUAAUCUAAAAAAACUAAUAUAGUUGACCUUUGAGACAUUAAAUUAUAAGUACUUCUGUAUAAGCAUUCUCUAGUUUGAGAUAGUGAUCAGGUACCUUUUUAGAUUUUAUAUGUAUAUAUGUAUGUAUAUUGUUUUGUUUGUUGGUAUAUCGGGGCUGAAUACCAUAGUCUAUACAGCCCUGUGUUGUAUUUUAAGAAUGGAUUCUGAUACCUGUAACAUUUGGCCACAUUUGGUGACUUAUACACAGUCUAUUAACAAAGCUUAAUUGCUCAUGGAAUAAAACUGUAUUAUGGUUCAUUUCUUUGUUGCUAAGCAACGUCUCCUUUCACAAAUUCGGAAUGAUCCUUAUCAUUUAUAGUGCUAACAUGCUCCUCAGCACUUUAAGCAAAUAAAAAAACAAAAAAUAUGACUAGUGUUAACAAGCAAAGGCCAUUAAAGAGGGUACAGGUUUACAAUCUAGAAUAUCUGUGAUCUUUUCUGUAUACCGGACACAGGAUAUUUGGUUAAAUGAUUGAUUAAUGAAUACAUUCUAAUGGUAGGAGAUCUACAGAGGGCCUGUUUUGCUUGAUGCAGCAGAACAGCCUGUACAUCCUAAUAAUCUUUAUUUUGCUAAGCCUUCUGUCUAACUUUAAAAAAAUAAUUUUUUUUUCCUUUUUUUUUUUUUUUCCUGUGUUUAGUCUGUAUGCAUUUAGUCCAGAUAGUGGCAGGUUUCCUGCUGGCACACCACUAGCUGGUGGUUCACCUGUCUUUUCAGUACCUUCUGUCAACCCACCCACAGCAGGGCAAUCUAUUCCUGGAAACCCUCAACCUGGUCAGGCACGCCCGUCAGGUGCUCAAGCCGCAUUGCCACAAAACAGCUUGUGCACUGUCACCCACUCAAGGCCAAUGCCUAUUCCUUCCAGUUCAAGAUCUCACAGCAUCUCUCCUGUUAUGCAUAUAUCGCCAAGCCCUCGAACGUCUGUUUACAACUCUCCUAGACAAAGAUCUGCAGCCUCAGGUGUACCCCUCUAUUCACUGUCUUCUGGAGUCUCCCCAAGACAAAGGAGAAUUCCGUUGAGGUAUCUUCUCAGCAGAACAUGUGCAUGUGUGUGACAUUUCCUUAUACUGCUCACAGGUUUUAACAGCAUGCCUUCUAGAUCACUUAACACUAAGCUGCCUUCUUUUGUUCUUAGAUAAUGCAGAGUUUAAGACCAAUAGUUAUUUUGCAGUCUUAACCAGAAUAAUCUGUAGGCCUGUGUGUGUGUCUUGGAUGGUUCUCCAUUAAACUAGAACACUCAGCAGAGGUCCUUCUUCAAAUUAUAUUUGUUCACAAUGUGAAACAAAGCCCUUUGGUACUAGUAGGCCAGGUUUGUGUGUUCCAUGAUAGAGCUAUUUUCUGGUCAGCUGGUUUUUGACUGAUUACAUUUUAACCUUGUUUAAUGUCCUAUAUUUUUGUUUAUUUGCAUUGAUGUAUUUUUUUGUGUUGCAGCAUCUGAUCUUCAUCUUCUUGUUGAUUACAGAUGCACACUGCCCAAGUGUGCCUGUUUAGGAUGGACAGUCCCUAUUUCAUGCCAUAAUCUUUGUUCCACUUUUUCUAUCCUAAUGACCCUAUUAUCUUAAUUGCAAUACAUAUUUAGAAAUCAAUCCUUGUAAAUGACAUACUGUGGUCCUUGUUCUAAGUUACAGUUUCAGUUUAAUUUAUUAUCAGUAAGUUGUAUCAUAUAAAAUAUCACAGAAUCUAUCCACUGUGGUCACACCUUCAGCCAGAGCUGGAUUGAGAGUCCGUUGGGCCUGACAAUUAUGUUAGGCCUAAUUACAGCAGUUUAUCGACUGCAAACCCUAAAACAGCCAUACCUCACUAGCAUUGCGUAUCUGGUGCUGGAGGGAAAAUCACCCGAGGCAGUUAUAAGAAAUCCCAUACCCUGUGCUAAUUUCUCAAUUAAAUUAAUUCCCUAAUAGCAGUGUCCGGUGAAGCUGGACAUCGGUGGAUGGGGUAAAUGUGUGGGCCACUGGCGUUAAUCACAUGACUGCCACCACCCAAAAGGGACAGACAUGCCCAGAAAGGGGGCGGGUCUGCCGAAGAAUUGUAAGGUCAGCCUGUCAUAAAUUUAUGCAGGCUAGCCAACUAAGGGCAUACUAUGCAGACAGCGCCCUGAUAUUGACGCAAAUGCUAGUGAUGUGAUUGUUCUAAGCUCCAUGGGGACUGUCCCCAGAACUCUCUUGUCCACACCACUCCUUACCUUCUUGCUAGCCGGCAGACGUUCCUGGUAUUCAGUCUGGGACCAAGAAAAGGUGGAUGUGGUGAGUGCAGAAGGAAGGGGACAUGUCAGUGUUAGAGACUGAAGCAGCAAGAACAUUUACACAGUGCGCAAAGUCACCUUUAUCUUAACUAAUUUAAUUGUCAGUCCACUCAAGUUGUGUACGCCUACAUCCCUUUUAAGUUUCCAUAAUAAUGUACUCUGAAUAAAACAAGAGCAUGUAAAGAUAUAGAAUAUAUUAUUUUUUUUUUUGUUAUCAAUGGGCCUGUUCCAUAGCCUCCGGCAUAGAGUCCAGCUCCAUCAGCUCUUAAUGUCAGUACGGCCUUGCCGUCAGCAACACCCUCGAAAUGAAAGUGUCCCUGUUUGGCUGUUUAAAGUGUUAAGAGGUAUUAAGAUGCACUAUUGAUGUGUUGUGGUAUGUGUUGCCUAUAUAUAUCUGGGUGAGUGAUUUGUUUUAUUUUUUACUAUAUGAACCACACUUGUGGAAUCAGAAAACCUAUAGCAGCAGUGUAACAUGCAAUGGAUUGACUGUGGAUAGGCUUGUGACUGCUGACGUACAGCUAGAGGUCUUUCCUUUCAGUAUAAAGAGAAUUGUAGCUAAUCUUUUUGAAACUAAGCUUCAGUUACAUGUUCUAGUUUGUCUGUUUUAAGAGACUGUACAUUUAAAGGAACACUAUAGGGUCAGGAACACAAUCAUGUAUUUCUUACCCUAUAGUGUUAAAAACACCAUCUGCCCCUACCACCACCUUCCUAAAUUUAGUAAAAUCUUACCUUUAUUGCAGUCUGCUGCUGCCUGCCAUGCCCCUGAUCUGCAUGCUUGGUUGACUUCAUCAGAAGUGGUGAUCUCAGCCAAUCACAGUGCUUUCCCAUAGGAAUGCACUGGAUUGGCUGCAGAUCAGGGGCAGAGCCAACACAUGUCAAACACAGCCCUGGCCAAUCGGCAUCUCCUCAUAGAGAUGUAUUGAAUCAAUGCAUCUCUAUGGGGAAAGUUCUGCAUGCGGAGGGUGAAGACACUGGCUGUCAGUCACUCACACUGUGCAGCACUGCCCCAGGAAUCACCUCUAGCAGCCAUCUGAGGAGUGUCCAGUGGAGGUAUCACUAGACUGUAAUGUAAACACUGCCUCAUCUCUGAAAGGACAGUGUUUACUGCAAAAAGCCUGAAGGUAAUGAUUCUACUCACCAGAAUAAAUUCAAUAAGCUGGUUCUGGUGACUAUAGUGUCCCUUUAAAUAUAUAGGCUUUGUAUCUAUUUUAUAAUCCAAACUAUUAGAUCUCUUCAUAAGGGGAUAGGGAUAACAAGACCAAUUUUUUUCAGUUUGGCUAAUUUUUCCUAAAAUAAGAAAAUCAGUUUAACUUCACUUUCACUUCCUCACAGUUGACAGCUUAAGUAAUAACCCUGAAUUUAUUACUAGGUCAAAGAGCUAGCUGUUGUAAAACUGCAACUCCCAUUAUGCUCUGUGCGCCUAAAGGGUGAGAAAGCAUGAUGGGAGUUGUAGUUUUCCAGCACCUGUCACUGCAGGUUCUACAUGUGCUGUCCAGGUUCUGCCCUCUCACCCCUACUGCUGCUGCUCUCCUCCCCCAGGCCAGCAGGAGGCAGGCUGUCGUCUCCCCCAUAUACAGGUGUUUUCUUUUCCCAGUGGAGGUUGCACCUGCCGGGGAUGUUGGGUGGGGUGCUCACCCAGUGCUGGGACAGGUCCCCUGAGGAGCUGAAUUACCUUGCCAGGAAGCAGAGCUGGUAGUCCUCCCCUCGGCCCCCCGGUACCCCAGCCCAUCAAAGCGUGUGUUUGUUUAUUUUUGCUGCGUGGCUGCAUGCUCUCUGGGCCAGCUUCACUGGCAGAGUCUGUCGUCAAGGCGGCCUCUCCCGCAUCACAUGAGCUCCUGCCUUCCGCAACACCUGCCAGACAGUGCGCUGCAACACCACGAUUGCAAAUACUAGAGAACGCGGCUCAUGGCUUGUCCUGUACGUGCGCUGCACGUUUGACGGUCAGAUAAGUAGUUUAUAUAAUAUAUACCUCGCAGCUCACUGUGCUGGGUUUCUUAUUGUGGGAUCAUAUGUGGGACCCGAUGUCUGGUCCUUUGCUGCUAUCCCGGCUUAAAAAAAAAAAAACAUUCUGCCUUGGGGGGGAAGGUGGCGGUAAGGCUGUUAUUUUCAGCACCUUUGGCCCAUUUUUGGUCAAACUGGGAUAGGCCCACUUUCGGCUGAAUAUUUCGGUGCAUCCCUAAUUGGGUUAAUGCAUUGUGGCCUACUUGCUAUGUUUUGCAGAUUUUUGUAUUUCUAAGUCAUUGCAUGCUUGUUGUUUUACUAUAUAGGAUAUUGUAUGGUAUAACUUUGGUAUCAUUUUGUGAGGCAGAUUGUAUAGAUACAUAUUGGCAUUUGUGACCUCUUACAUGCAUGUUGCCUUUUGUUAUGAUUUGUAUUUGUAAUUUACACAGUGAAGACGUCUUACAAAAAAUGUUGACAAAUUGAAAUUGAGUUGAAAUUGCAUGUAAAACGAUUAUCUGUUAGAUCUUCCGUUUUAUCCUUAAAUGUUUGGUUAAUAGCUGACCGUGUAUUUCAUAUUUGUCUCGGCAAUAGUAUGGUGACUGCUCAAUGUGAUCUUAUCUUCCUGAUUUAAAAUAUAAGAAAAUCACAACUGUUUAUGUGGGUAAAAUGGUGUGAGGAAUGCCAGUAGUUUAUUUUUUGGGGUCAGGGGAGGGGAUUGGCCACCGUUUACCUGCAGAACAGUGCUAUCUAUCUCAGCAUGCAGUACUUAAAGUACAUUUGUGUUGUCAGUCCCUAGACUUUCUUUGUGCAUGUGUUCUCCGGAAACACCAGAUUUGAAAAAUUUGAUAGAUCACAAUUAUUCUUAGAUACUUGCGGAAUUAUUCAUUUAACCUGGAACUGUGGAGAAUAGGCAAGGAAAUUAAAAAUUAUAGGCCACAAUAGCAGAAACUUGAAACGUCUAGCUCUGCUUUUAUGGCCUAUAAUGUAAAAUGUUCUUGUCAAUUCUCCACAAUUUCCUUGUGGUUCUGUUUUCCAUGUGCUAAUUCCCUUGUUCUCAUGUUGUAUUAGUAUGUAUGGCAGCAGCCCCAUGUCUCCACUCUUCCUCACCCGUACUGAUGAGGCUGUGGACAGCAGUGAUGAGGAAAAUUCUGAAGAAGAUUUUUCUAGUGUCCAGUUUGGGUCCAGGUAUUGGGAAUGCCGUGACUGUGGCAUGUUUUACAUGAGCAGGGCUGAGCAUAUUGCACACAUAACAUAAUCUGUACUAGAUGAAAGAGAAGCAUUAUAUGUAUAGAAUAUUUAGAUUUGAAUACGCUUUACUCUGCUGUGUGUUGACUUUGCUGAUGGCUUUGAAAGGCUUGUUCCUGGUUUGAAGUGCUCCAGGGAGCAUGGAAUGAGGCGAGUCCAUUGAAAUGCCUGAUUUGCUGUAGUGCUAAUGGUUUCCUAUAGUUUGUUGCUUACGGUUUGUGAGUGCUGGCGUUAACUGCAUAUUAAUUGGCAUAUAGUGGGGGUGCUCACUUUGGUUAUUUUGUGGAGAUUUAUUUGGUUAGAUGAUGUAUAUAACUUUCAUUCUUGCAACAUUUUAAUAAAGGCUUGAGGUUUUAUUUAAUCAAAUCUUCUAUAGAGUGAAUACCACGAAGCGGAGAACGUCUGCAGUGAUCACUGAUUACCCCUGAACACAACAGAAGCCAAAAUGAUACUAAUAAAGCCAGUCUAAUUUUUAAAAAGUGCAGUGACAAUAUAUAAAAAAAUUUAAAAAAUGAAGUGCGUUGUCCCUGUCUGCCUAUAACCUGGAAGUGUAGCUAAGGUAAAUAUUGAUAACUUCCUUGUAGCCUUACCGAUUCAUACCUUAAUGGUCACUGUGAUAGGCUGAAAGCAGUCAGCUGAUAGUCUUGGCCAAUCACAGCCACCCUUCUCAGGAUAAUGCUUCCUCAUUAGCCUGACUAGCACAGUGGCAUGGGUUUCUGGGAAACAGUUUAAUACUGAAUAAAAGGAUGGCACCAGGGGACUCCAAACACUAGCCACUUCACUAAGGUAGGUGAAUUACAGUGCCUACAGUGUCCCUUCAAACAUCAUAAGGCAACUGUAGGCAGCCGCCUAAGGCGGUGUAGUUAAAUAGGGGCACUAUGAACUAUAACUUUACAACAUUACCAUCCCUAUGGGAAUCAUGAAGGGGGUGCGUGGGACAUUAGUCCUUUUCUGCUGUUGACACAUUUCUUGCUUCUUGGGCUUGCUUCCAAAAUUCUUAAUUAAUCAAUUCUGUUUAUUAUUAUUUGCUUGCAGUAUCAGAGGCCAGCUUCAUUAGCGUUGUGGGAGAUAAUUGAUGUACCAUGUUUUUCUGCAUUUUUCAAUUAACUUGUAACAAACUUGAUUUUGCACUAAAUGUGGUUUCUAGACUAAUUUAUUUACUUAUUGUUUGUGUUCAUGGUCCCUGGUCCUAGCAAACAGAGUUGAGCGCUUUCCAUUGGGGUAACCAUGGCAGUCCAAUCCCAGAUGCAAAAUCCCAAUCCAGAGGAUAAAGAAAAAUAAAAUGACUAUUAUUUAUGUUUCUUUGUAGUGGGACAAGUAGCACAGAGUCCUAUAGUGAUCACUUUACAAUUGAAACUUGCAAAGAGACCGAAAUGCUAAACUACCUCAUCGAGUGUUUUGAUAGAGUGGGGAUAGAGGAGAGAAAAGCCCCAAAGGUGAGUACCUCUGCUGCGGUUAUGAGUAUGUAUUUGCACAUUCUCUGUGGCUGGUAACGAAUACAAUUAAAUUGUUUUUUGUUUUCCCCCUUUCUCCUGUCAUCACAGCUUUGCAGCCAACCAGAUGUGAGCCAGCUUCUGAGCAGCAUUCGAUCACAAUGUAUUUGCCAUGCUGCUUUGGUGUUACAAGGAGCACUCACACAGCCAAGGUAAAUACUUUUCACUACUGCCACCAUGACACACAGCGUCCUAUGGAAAUUUGACAGUGAGUUUUCAGGACUUACCUUAGGGCGAGGGUGGCCUCAAAGAAGUUUCCCAGUUGUUGCAGAGCUGUUAUCUCCCAUGAUUCUUUCUCAGUCUUUCGGCUAUUAAAGCAGCAGAGGACUUUCUGUCCUGCAAUCAAUAUAGGUCUGCCUUUUGGCCACCAAUAUUUUUGAACAUUCGUAAAACUGUAGCAAGAUAAAUAAUCCUUGUCUGUGAUCUAGGUGAUAAGGUGUUUAGUUUUUUUUAUUUGUAGAGGUUUGGGUAAGGAAUGCGAUAUUCUGUACUGUGCCAUAGGCAAUCUUGCGGUUUGGUUAAUAGUAGGGUUGUUCCUUGACCAAACUAUUGUAGUUUUAGAAGCCAUGUGAGCUAAUGUGUAUAAAUGGGAGGCGUUUAGAUAUAUAUCUGUUAAAUGCAAAUAUGAAAAUGACAUCACUAAUGAGCACAAUUAGUAAGAAGGCUGUUGCAUUGAAACCUUUUAUAUUGAGCACUUAAUGUAUAAAAGCAGCAUAUCUAAGCGUUGCAUGAUACCAUGAUGUGGAUAACGUGUUCAGUAGUGAGCUCUUUCCAUCUCUUUACUGUAGGCCUGCACAGCAGCCGUCUCUCUUGCUGCCCUACAUGCUUUGCAGAAACCUGCCAUUUGCUUUCAUCCAAGAGCUUGUGAGGGCCACAUAUCAGGAUGAAGACGUGUUUAAGCAGGUAAGAAUGCAUGAAUGGAAAUACUUUCUAACCUGUGUAUUCUGUAUGUCUGCUCAUUUAUUCACCAGUUACAUUUGGAACUUUGGGGUUGUGAAUGCUGUAUCACUUCAGCUCUCUUUGCUUAAAGACGAGUUUUUGGCGUAAUAUAAAACCUCUUUAUUUUGAUUGACAUAUGAGCACAACGGUUUUUAAAUUUAUUGUACAGCAAAAUUUCCAAGAACGUCAAAGUUUUGUUUGACUUCUGAGCCAUCACAUUUGUGUUCUGUGCGAAUAGGUUAUUUUUCUCUUCUGCUUCGUAUAGAUUUUUAUUCCCAUUCUUCAAGGCUUGGCUCAGGCUGCUAAAGAGUGUUCGUUGGACAGUGAUAACUUCAAAUAUCCCCUGAUGGUAAGGAAUCUGCAUGGUGGUCCUGGUCAUUUCACUGUGUCUUUAUUUGCUGCUCUCCCUCUCCACACGUUGGCCGUUAUUAUUAAGCUCUCUUCCUUUCAGUGUGGGAGAAUGUGAAGAGUAUAACAGGGUGAAAACAUAACCCAUGGAUAUGAAGUAAGGUUGGCCAGUUAAGGGGGCAUAUGGGUCCCCAGCAGGGCUUUAAGAGUUGCCCGAUCCCAUGACGUCCAAACCACCUCCUAUUUCUCAAAGGUUCUUGCUGUUUUGUGUGACAUAGCUUCGUACAUUUUUUGUUGUAUUUAAGGUCAUUAGUGCAUCAGAGUUAGUGGUGGUAGGGAACUUCCAAAGUGCAAACUUUCAAAGCAACCAUAAAAUGCAUCAUGAUAGUAAUGGCAUGUUCAAGUAACACAUCUGGGAGCAUGUGUAAUAUAAAUGGGUAUUGGGUUCAAAUGGUAGGGCUUUCUGGUAAGAGACUGGAAGGUCUCCCUAAAGCAGCCCAGGAAGAAGAAAAAAACGUUAUUGAGAACAAUCGCUUAGCUUGUGUCACUAAAAAUAGCCCCAGCUGACUAACUGGUGGGUUUUAAUCCUGCUCACACUGCCAUCUUUAUAUAUGCAUUUAAAUACCUAUUGGAAGAGCUGCUUGCAGUACUAAAUUCCAACGCUUUGCCCCAGCAGACAGGGUAUCAGUAGGUAUCUAUAGAUGUCUAGUGUGAUUUAACCCUACUCACACCAAAUCAGCAGGACGUUACAUGCCUUCCUACAGGCUUUUGUGCCCAGUCUGUGUAGGACGGCUUGGAACAUCCUAACCGUGGAAAGGGGUUAAACAUGUCUGCAGGGCAAUUUUUUACUAUUAUUGCAGCUUUCCAUUUUCUCUAAAUGGUUAAACUUGCCCACAAAUCAUACAAAACUGUUCUGAUUAUUCAUAAACUAUGAUUUUGGGUCCAAAUACUGAAGGCAAAGAGCAUUGUGGAAACCAGUUGAAUGUGUCUGAAUUUUGCUUCACUUUUUUACAAUGCCCUUUAAUUUUUCCACUUGUUUUCUUGUGUGUUAAACAAAAGGCAGAAUAGUUGUGUGUGGAAGAUUAAUGCUUGUCGUAAUUUGCCUGGAUAUUUGCUAAUAUUCUACUCUUGGUUUUAGGCAUUCGGUGAGCUCUGUGAAAUAAAGUUUGGGAAAAUUCACCCAGUCUGCUCUUUGGUAAGUUAAAAACCUUCCAAAAUUGCAGAAAUCCCUUAUGCCUGACUGCAAAAUAAGAGUUUAAAACUUCCUUUACUUUCAGGUGAAGUGUAAUAUUCUGACAAAUAUAGGGACCAUGUUCUAGUUUUGUGCUCUAACUAUUAUUUAAGUGGGAAGAACUGGUUCAAAUAAAUGCACAAGUGGAGAGAUUCUGACAAAUGUCAUCAAAUAUAGCUUAAUUUGUUCCAUUAUCCAGAAUUAAUUAAAUUAAAACGUUAAAGUAAUCUUAUCAUAACAGGUUCACUUUAAGUAAAAUCUCAUCCACUAGAUAUAUUUUACCUCUGUGAUAGAUCAUGGCUUUUAUCGUUUUACGAAAUGAUAAAUAUUCCUUAUCCAGAUUUGCCUGCAGGAGGGUUCUCCUGCUCCCUGCUGUCACUCUGUUCUCUGCAUAAAUUCUGUCAUUGGUACAGAUUUUGCCAAGUAGUUGGUUGACUGGUAGUAGGAAGGAAUAUAUAUAUAUAUAUAUAUAUAUUCCCUCUUACUCACUCACUGGCGUGUGUGUGUAUAUAUAUAUAUAUUCUACCUAAUCUAGCAGUUCUGCUUCACAUUGUAGCACCUUGAUUCUCUCAUUUAAAAUAUAUUUUUGUGUAUCAUGACGGGUACACAUUUAAAGUAAAUUCUAAUCUACAUGCUGAGUGACCGUAAAUUGCUUAUUUUCAUUUUGGGCAUUAGAUCACAUCCUUGCCUUUCUGGUUACCCAAACCACUGAGUCCUGCCACCGGACGGGAGCUGCAGCGCCUUUCCUAUCUUGGUUCAUUUUUCAGUCUCUCAGUCUUUGCAGAAGAUGAUGUAAGUAAUGAUUUGGAAAUAUUUUGAGCACUGUAUAGAAAUCAUAAUCAUCCCAGUAAAUUUCCUAAUCCUUGGUUUGUUUUUCCUGUCUUCUCUCUCCAGAAUAAAGUAGUUGAGAAAUACUUUUCUGGACCAACAAUAACUCUAGAAAAUACCAGAGUGGUCAGCCAGUCUUUGCAGCAUUACUUAGAGUCUGCACGGGUAAGGAAUCUCAGAGCCAUUUUAACUAAGGGAAAUGGACUGUUCUAAAGCAAGCAUGUCAAACUCAAAGUCUGGCACUGGCCACAUAAACAAGGUUUAAGUUUAUGUGGCCUGCUAAAAAAAAACAACCUUAAAUUUUCAUAGAAACGUAGGUUUAUUUAAAAAAAAGUACAGUAUAAAAAAAAAAAAAAAAAAAGCACCCCCCUCUACCACCCUGUGCCAAAUCUGAUCCUCCCACUACUUCACAGACCCACUCACUCGCGCUCGCUGGCACGCGCUCGCACGCACGUGCACGCACUCACUGACUGACAUUUAAACAUUUCUUGCACUCACAUAAUUUAAUUUAUUGUUCCCCAUCUUUGGGAGCUGGUGUGGGGAUCUUCUGUCUGGAGAUUUCCUUCCUUCUCCCUCACGCGGCUUAGUGGUGCCGGAAUGACGUCAUAUUCCGCCGCCCGGCUUCACUACAGACGGCGCACGAGGAAGCACUGAGGAGCAGUAACACUGAGCUCCCUGGCCAACCUCUCCGACCGGGUAAGUGUUAGCAGAGUAGGCACUUGAAAUGUGGGGAAAGCAGGUGCCUACUCUGCUAUAACACCAGCAUGUACUUGCAGCUCGCCGGGCUGCAAAGAUGGUCCUUGUGGGCCGCGAGUUUGACAUGCUUGUUCUAAUGAAUCAUCGAGGUACAAGUACAACAGAUACUGCCUGCAUGGUAAACUGCAGCAUAAACACACAAAAUUUAAAGACCAGUGUAUUAAGUUGUCAGAACCUUCCACCCAUUGGGGACUGAGUGAAAUAUCAUGGAAACUCCAUUUGGGGUCCCAAGUAAAGGAUUAAUAACCUGCUGCUUGAUACAGUGUGCACAUUGUUAUUGACACUAUACAAUUAUCAGAGCAUCUUUAGUUUUUUUUGGUCCAUUGGUUUGAUGUUCUUUCUGCAGCAAGACUUGUUCAAGAUUCUUCACAGUAUUCUGCUUAAUGGAGAGACCAGGGAGGCGGCUCUGAACUACAUGGCGGCUCUAGUGACUGGCAACAUGAAGAAGGCACAAAUGCAGGUAAAUCUAAUAUCUGCCUCUACUGAGGGCUCUUCCAUAAUGCUAUUUAACAGGGAAUGAAGUACACAUAGAAUCCAGUUGUGUUAUAUAAAAAUAAUCCCGGUUAAUGUAAACCAUCACCCUUCCUGGUCAUAUUUUAUUUAUUUUUAGAUCUAUGGAUCAAACCUUAAGCAGCAAUGCAUUGCGAGUGUUUGUUUUUUGAUAGUGGUCCAUCCUUAACUGGUUGCUACAUGAAGUAAUGUUUGUGUCUUUUUCCUAUGUUUUAAAGGGUAAUACAGACAUACACCUGUUGCACACAAUGCCUAGAGGGAUAUAAGGCACACGUAAAUAAUGAGAUUGUUGUGUGGCUGAAGCCAUUAUCUGUGGUUACUGUGUACCUACUGUGCAAGCAGAACCUGGCUGAUGUUUAGGUUCUUGACUGCCAUGUGUGAGGUAUCAAUUGCCUUUGUAAUGGCAUAAGUGAACUAACAAAGUAUGUCUGAGACCUGAGCAGGGACUAACCCAAGGGACGGUGUAUUAACACCAUGACAACAGGGGGUCAGGAAGAUUCCCAGCAUGGAAAGCGUUUACUGACCAGUCAUCUGCCGUGAAGGUUUAAAGCAUUACAUGCAAUUUAUUUAUUUUGUAAGGGAGGAUGGAUCCCCUUCAUCUUGGAUCUAAUGGUUUAUCUAUUGUUGGUGAUCCUCUGUUAAUGGGUCACUACAGGUUUAAACGGAUGCUAUUUUGUUUUUUUUAAUUGAUAGCUUUAUUGAUUUAACGUAUUGUAUACAAAUCCAAAAAUACAUGUUAAUAUAAAUAUUAAAUAUAAUAUAAAAAAAGCGCUACUUUCCCUGGCAAAUCGAGCAGAUUCAGAGUGUCGGUUUAUCCUGUUUUCUCUGUGCAGCACUUUGUAGCAAUUCCAUUCAUCAUUUUGGUAAAUGGGAUCGAUUCGCAAAUUGGCAGGAGCUGUACCAUGGCUGCUGUGAGCUUCUGAGAUUUGACUGUAGAAAGGAAAAACCUUAAGAGUUGUCUCUUCUGUUAAAAGCUUUUUAUUAGCCCUCCCUUGAAUGUUAUCUCAUUGCUCUUGUCCUUUGUGAAAUUUCACUAGUGGACUGAUAAAUCCCUCUUACCUUUCCCUUUAUUGAAGUAUUAUAAAUUCCUUCAUCUGGUGUGGUGGUCAUUAAACCCCCAAAAAAUGCUCCAGUUCAAGUGGUUUCCUUCUCCACCUAUUAUAGACAGAUGACCGACUGGUGUCAACUGAUGGAUUCAUGCUGAAUUUCCUCUGGGUACUGCAGCAGCUCAGCACCAAGAUCAAGUUAGAAACUGUGGAUCCAAUGUACAUCUUUCACCCUAAAUGCCGCAUUGCUCUGCCGAAUGAUGAAACCCGCAUCAAAGCAACAAUGGAGGAAGUAACAGCUUGGAUAUCUGAGCGCAGUAUGUACCCUGGCUCCGUUUUAUUGCCUUUGAUUUCGAGAUGUGUGUUAAUGGAGAUUUAAUUAAGAACAACUCUAGUUGUUAAUUUAGUAUAAAUAGUGCAGAAACUGUUCAGAGUUUCAAGUUCUGCCAUUUUCUGUAACUUAAACAUACAUAAACUAAUUUGUAUCAGUCAGUCAGCAUAACUUUAAAUUGUCUUACAUUUUUAUUAUUUUCAAAAUGACCGUGUACAAUCCAGGAUGUGGACAUGGCCAGUUUAUACAAAAAAUAUAUCAAAUAUUUUAAUGGUGGCUGAGAUAAAUUAUGGAGGGAACAAAAAAACAUAACGUGAUGAAGUUUACACAAAUUAUAAAAUUUUUAAAGAAGUAAAGGCUGUUCUUUUCUGUGCUAAAGACAUCCUGGUCGGUGAAUAAUAGUCAUCUCUGUGGGACACCAUUGCAUCUAAAACAGUGGGAGUGCUGUGGUUCAUAAACCUCACUGACGGUCGGACUUUCUAUAUCUGCAUUAACCGUGAAUUGAUAUUAAGAAGCUUAAGAUAAUAUGCUGUUUUUUAUAUUUGUUAACACUCUUCUAGAUCAAGAUCCAAUGUUUUUUUCUGAGCCCAAGUUCCCAACUGAAUGCUUCUUCUUGACUCUGCAUGCUCACCACCUUGCCAUUCUUCCAAGCUGCCGGCGCUACAUACGGCGCCUGAGAGCCAUCCGUGAACUGAAUAGGUGAGCGACACUGCCUUCACUGCUCCUUUUUUUUCUUUGUGUUUUCCCGCUUUAUAAUCCUUAAAUCUUGGGCAGCAGAGUCUGCGUGACUGUUACGUCUUUCUCAUACCCAGUGUCUUUUCAGAACUGUGGAAGAGCUAAAGAACAACGAAACUCAGUGGAAAGAUUCGCCUUUAGCAGUCAGACACAGAGAGAUGUUAAAACGCUGCAAAACUCAGCUGAAGGUCUGUCUCUUUAAUAUUAACCUGUUUAAAGGUAUACUCCACGCACCAUUAACAAUUGUAGUUAGCAUGUUAGAGAAGGAGAGCAGCUCCUUGUAUUUCCAGUUGUUUCGGAACCAACUAUAGUUUUUUUGUUUUGUUUUUUGUUUCGUCUUGGGCCUACACUAUAUUCUACCCUUGUCCUCUCUUCUCGUUGCAUGUCGACCUGUAUUUGAGGAUUUUUACAAGGCACUGCUCCCCUUCUCUUGCAUACUAACUACUUACAACUGUAUGGGAAAUACCCUGGUUUGUUGUUUGAGCUGCCUACAUUAUCACACAAGCACUAUAAACCUGCUAGACCUAGUUACCAUUAACAGUUAUGCUGCGUGCAUAGCUUUUGGUGCAAGAAGCUCCCCUGUCCUUGUCUCACUUCAUACUGAUACUUAAAGGGACACUGUAGGCACCCAGACCACUUCUGCUGAUUGAAAUGGCCUGGGUGCAAACUCCCAUCACCCUUAACCCUGAGCAACUGCAAUAGUUACCUGCUAGGGUUAACUCCUCCUCUAGUGGCUGUCUAUUAGAAGGACUUCCGGGUUUAUAGACUACUACUAUAGUGCCGAGUGAAAUUGGCACUGGACCCAGGUUAGUGACAGAAGGGGUUAUUAACCAGGGGGAGGGGGUGGGGCGACUUGACAGAGGGGGAAGCGACAGUGCCAGGAAAACAAGUUUGUUUUCCUGGCACUAUAGUUUCCUGUUAAGAUUGCAAGAAUUUGCCAAAUAUCAGUGACCUAGAUGGGAGCUAUGUUUUACCCUGUCUGACUGGAGCACAAGCUUUGUGUGAGAGUUUACAGUAAACGCAUUUGUAGAAAAGAGUAGCUUCAUUCAUUUUAAUUUUUUUGUUUUGUUUUCCAUAGUGCAUUGAGAUUCCCUUUAAUUGGUAUUGGAUAUUGACCUUGGUUGAAGGAGAUUUUAUUGAAUCGGGGAUCUUCAUUUUGUAUAGUUCAUCCUUGGAAUCAUUCUUAAUGUGUAUUUACUUCUCAUUUCCAGAAAUUGGUCCGCUGCAAGGCCUGUGCUGAUGCUGGUUUGUUGGAUGAAAAUUUCCUUAGAAGAUGUCUCAAUUUUUAUGGCAUGGUGAUCCAACUAAUUCUGCGUGUAAUGGCCCCUUCUUUUCCCAAGUGAGACCACCUUCAUUUUCUGAUAUCGAUUUUCUGUGAUAAUUUGGAAUGUUUGAAAUAGUUGACCCGUGUUUAAAGCUAGAGUGACAGUGCCUGCCUUAAACAGUUUACCUUGUUCACUAGCUAGCUUCAAAGACAUAAUAGCCAAGUGCAACAUUUUGGUGCUGGUACUAUUGUUAAAUUAUGGGAGGUAUGUUUUGUCCCACUAAACCGUGCUUUUUGGCGUUAAACGUGACCUGGUCUAUGCAGCAUUCUACGGACUUGGUUAGUGCUGACAUUGGAAGCAACUUUUCUUCCAUAGAACGUGAUGAUGGAGGACUGUAAAGCAGCACUUUUAUCCCAAUAACCCCAUAGGCAGAAUUGGUCUUCUUUUUCCGCACGUCUCAUCAAAUGGAAAUAAGUGUUUUUUGUUUUAUUUUUUAGGCUGUUAAUUAAACCUUAUAGGAUUAUGUUCAUAUAUGUUUUAUAAAGUUACAAUGAUUGACUGACUGUCUACUUUUUUUUUUUCUUUCCCUAUUAGCAUUACGCUGCCUUUAAACCCGGAUGUUCCCAAGAUGUUUGCGGUACUUCCAGAGUUUUAUGUAGAAGAUGUAGCUGAAUUUUUGUUUUUUAUCGUGCAGUAAGUAUUUGGGAUUCUCUAAAGUUAAUCUAGGUCUAGUAUGUGGUAGGACCUCCCUUUUUUUUGUCCUGAACAGGAAAGGACUUAGUCUUCGUUAGGGAUGUCUGUCCAAGCUUACUUAUAUGGUUUGUGUUGCUUCUGCCACACAUCUGCCCUUCAAACAUCCAAUUCCAUAUCCUCUCAAAGUUACUCUCUUCCAUUUUGAAUAGGGGCACAAAAGUAAUUUUGUAAUAAAACUGGACUUUAGGCAUAAUAUGCAAUCCAUAUUGAGGGUUAGAAGACAUGAUAAUUUUUUGUUUGCACUCCAUUGAAGAUGCACAGAUGUGUACUGAUAAUAGUGUGUACAUAUAGUUAGUUUGUGUAUUUGUGUCCCUAGUUACCUUUUAGUGACGUGUGUCUGUUUUCAUCCUAGAUACGCUCCUCAGGUUCUGUUUGAGCCCUGUACACAAGAUGUUGCAACAUUCUUGGUGGUGAUGUUGUGCAACCAGAACUAUGUCCGCAAUCCUUACCUUGUGGCUAAACUGGUUGAAGUUAUGUUUGUAACCAACCCUGCCAUCCAACAUCGAACGCAGAAGUUCUUUGAAAUGAUCGAAGGGCAUCCUUUGUCUACCAAGCUACUUGUGCCCUCUCUAAUGAAGUUCUACACUGGUACGUAAGCUUAGGCGGUAGUUGGUACAUUUUAUUAAGUGAUGACAAUGUCUUAUAAUAUUGCGUUAAAGAGGCUCAGUCACUUUUGUGCUUUUUUAAUAAAGAUAUGUAUACUUUGUGAAAUAUUCAUGUUUGUAUAAGAAUUUCCCUGAAUCCAAGGAUACCAUAAAACAAAGUAGGAACUAAUUUGUCUUAUGGGGAAGCAUCAGGUGGAGCUCCACUGUCCCCUUUUCUCCAAUCCCAGCAGCUGUGGUAUCUUGCUUUUCACGAAAUGUAAUCUAUAGCGUCUCCCAUGGUCUUGUAGAAUUGUCAGUGUAGACCUCUGUGUUGUACUCUCACAGCUCCUGGCUCAUAAAGCAACAGAAAAAGCUGAAGAAGGUCUGCAGGAAGUAGAUGGGGCAGAUUCAGACAUGUAAACGUACUUUUCAUGGCACCUCAUGGCCACCGGGCUGGAACUGGAGUUGUCACCUUUGGGGUUCUUUGCAAAAUAUGCAGAUCUGCUAUAAAGUGUCUGUUGCCCCUCCAAAAAGAACAAGUACAGCUGGGGGGUGGAGGGGGAGGGGGCAGGGGGAGCUUAGGACGCUCUUGCCAGCAGCUUUAAGCCCAUUAGAUAUUGAAAGCAGUAUUUUAGGCAGCAUGUUCAUUAUGAGCUUGUGUUGACUCCUAGUGCUAACAAGCCGCCUACUACAGAAAGUUUUCAUUCCAUGGGUCAACUGGUUUUGUUUGCUUGAAACUCCUGGUCGCUUGGCUAAAGCUUUAGAGAAGCUCUUCAUAUUCAAUAGGCUGCCAUUUUUAAGGAUUGUGUGUUUUCAUUACUGUGUUUUUCAGCUAGUGCUUCUCAUAGUAAAGGAAAAACUUUCUAUUUUGGCAGAUGUUGAACACACCGGCGCCACCAGUGAAUUCUAUGAUAAGUUCACAAUUCGUUACCACAUUAGCACAAUAUUUAAAAGCCUCUGGCAGAACCCGGCACAUCACGGCACAUUUAUGGAAGAGUUUAAGUAAGUGUUUGGAUUAGUUCAUUUCUUCCCAUAAUCCUUCCUUCCUGUUCCUCAAAAUAUUAUCUUAAAGAGAAAAGUUAUAUUGAUAGGCAUGAUGGGGAUUUGUAGGUUAAUAUUUGUGUCCCUAGUUACCCUUAAAUGCAACAUCUCUUUUUACAGGGAAGUUCUGAUGUUAGAACACCAAGUACAUUAAAUCUUUAACUUGUAGCAACUGUGAUUUACAUUGCACAACAAAAACAGCUCAGUGUUUGAGGAAUGCACAGAGUAUGGGACUCUGGGGUCAGAGUUAAAGGACCACUAUAGGCACCCAGACCACUUCAACUCAAUGAAGUGGUCUGGGUGCCAGGUCCAGCUAGGAUUAACCCUUUUUUCUAUAAACAUAGCAGUUUCAGAGAAACUGCUAUGUUUACUUAUGGGUUAAUCCAGCCUCUAGUGGCUGUCUCAUUGACAGCCGCUAGAGGGCUUCCGCUCUUCUCACUGUGAUUUUCACAGUGAGAAGACGCCAGCGUCCAUAGGAAAGCAUUGAGAAUGCUUUCCUAUGGAUUAGCUGAAUGCGUGCGCAUUCAGCCGAAGAGGAGCCGGAGAGAAGGAGAGCUCCCCUCCCGGCGCUGGAGAAAGAGGUAAGUUUAACCCCUUCCUCUCCAUCCAGCCCAGUGGGAGGGGGACCCUGAGGGUGGGGGCACCCUCAGGGCACUAUAGUACUAUAGUGCCAGGAAAACGAGUAAUAUUUUCCUGGCACUAUAGUGGUCAUUUAAGGAAUGGGCUAAAGAUUCAGGAGGAGAGGAAAAAAAAAAAAAAAAACUAGCUGCAAAAGACAGUUGCUCAGUGCUUGCCACAAGAAUUCUUGAAGAUUGUACAGCAGCUGGAUAGCUACAAUUCUUUUGCACAUGUUAUGCAGUGUGGUGCUUGGCGUGCGGGUGCUCUUUAACCGACACGUUUAGUUUUUUAGAUGUUUUGCUAUAAUUUUGCAUUCAUAAACUGCUCAUAUCUUGUACUGCUCUGCAAAUGUGACACACCAGUAUAAAAGUAACCGAACAGCCUAAAAAUGUUAACCAUCUCUCUUACAUAUGUCUUUUUGUGCAUGCAUCAAAUAUAUCCUUCCUUUCACCAGUAAUCUGUGUCACAACUUGUUGAAUCGAGAUUAUUUUCUCGGAUAUAGGUUGAGUUUUUUUUUUUGUUUUUUUUUUUUUUUUUAGCUCUGGAAAGCAGUUUGUCCGAUACAUUAAUAUGCUGAUAAAUGACACCACUUUCCUGCUGGACGAAAGUUUGGAGUCCCUGAAACGUAUCCAUGAGAUGCAGGAGGAGAUGAGAAACAAAGAACACUGGGAUGCACUGCCUCGAGUAAGAUACCGAGCAAUGCAGUGUGAUGCUGUUAUCAGUUAUGUGGAUAUUGGCCAUUUUUAAUGUGUAGUUUGCACUGGGUAUAAAUAUAUAUAUCGUCUUGUUAGAGCAAUGGUAACAUUAGCCUUAGAACCGAAUCCUCACCAGUAAAUGUCCUUGGGCAAGACACGUAAACUAUUUAUAUCCACCUACCUCAAAUCUUUAUAGAUUGUAAGCUCACCUGAGCAGAACAGAAUAUGUUGACACUCCUUAAAUACUACUAAUUAUAAAUGUCAUCUAUUUAUUUUUAUUUUUUUUUCCAAAUUUCUUUUUAUGGCAAAGUUUUUGUUUACAGAAUACAAAAAAAACCCAUAAAACAAUAGACAUUUUUGCAUACAUAUGUUUGACAUGGUGCAAAACUGCAUAAAUCAAAUCUUUUCUACUGGUUUAUCUCGUCAUAUAUAAUAUGUAGUCUAGGCAUUGUGCUAGUGAAAUUGCUAGCACUUGGAUGGAUUAGAUCAGAGUUCAAAUCUCUGCAGCUGGCUGCUAUUUCACAAUGCUCAGUGAUGCUGUGUUCCACUUACUGCAGUUACCAUACUGGAAACGUAUUCUUUAUGUUGACAACAUAACACACUAAGUUACAAUUUUAGUUAAAAUUCCACAAUACAUUUACUUUGAGAAUCAAUUGUCAAAUACAUUGAGGGUUAUUUACUAAAACAACUUUUUUUAUCUACAACUAUUUAAAUGUAAUUUGUAGGGGGUCUGAGCUUAACAUCCAAGCGGAGUAGACAUGCCAAGUACAAGGUCUUGACCGCAAUCGUGUAUUUGGAGUGGGGGGGACCAACAAUUUAAUACCCAACUUAAGCAGAUCGCCAACCAGGAACCCGCCACAAACUACUAAGGCCUACCGAGGCUCGGGUCGAGGGGAGGCGGUAGCUCUCCUGACUCAGGAACUCACUCACGUUAUAUCUUAGAAUGUCACAUUCUGUUUGGAGCCAUUAGUACCAACCUUCCCCUUUAGAGUGUCUAUUCCCUCCCAUUCCAUACCGUCUGUUGGAAACCAACAAAGGUGAAUUUUUUUUUGUUGUUAAAAUGUAUUCUUUAUUUUAAGACUAUGCAUUCAAAAGUUUUCUAACCUUACUUCACUGAUGUUGGUUGGUUAAAGUUGGGACUUGGUUCUGGUCAUUCUAAUCCACUCUGAACACUGUUUGAUUGCUCUUCUAGGAUCAACAACAAGCAAAACAGUCCCAACUGGCACAGGAUGAACGUGUUUCCAGGUCAUACCUUGCUUUAGCUACCGAGACCGUAGAAAUGUUCCAUAUUCUUACGAAGCAAGUACAGAAGCCAUUCCUGCGACCUGUAAGUACAGGAUUACUCUGUGCUUCUGCUCAGGCUUCUUUGUCUCUGCCAUUCCUCUGACUAGGAUUGUUGUUGUACUACCUUGCUUGUGCAGGAGUUGGGCCCUCGGCUUGCAGCCAUGCUAAACUUCAACUUACAGCAGCUUUGUGGACCGAAGUGCCGAGACCUGAAGGUAGAGAACCCAGAAAAAUAUGGAUUUGAACCAAAGAAGCUUUUGGACCAGCUUACGGAUAUUUACCUCCAUUUAGACUGUGCCCGGUUUGCGAAAGCCAUUGCUGAUGAUCAGGUUUGGUUCUGUUCGCCUGAAUCUUUUUAUUUAUUUAUUUUAUUUUAUUAUAAACUUUACCUUGUCUGUCCUUUUGUCUUGAAUUGUGCAAAUCAAAUGUACUCUAGGUGUAAGAUGCAUCAAUUAAUCAUUGAGAUUUAUUUUAUUUGCAUGAUGCAAACUUGUACCCUGUCUCUCUUGACCACAAGUGAUUAGACAAAGCAAAGAUUCCCAUAUGUCUCUGGUGUGUAUAUUUUCAGCUGUCUCUGAAAUCUUUAUAGACUAUUUCUUUAAAAACAAAUAUAAAAAACAAAAAUUGCACAGAUGUACUAGGUUACUUCCGGACAGACUUGCCAUCCACUACAUCUUUCAAGAGAAGGCAUAAAACAUGCUCCAAAUGAUCUAAUUGUGUUGCAGAGGUCCUACAGUAAAGAACUUUUUGAAGAAGUCAUUUCCAAAAUGAAGAAAGCUGGAAUCAAGUCAACUAUUGCUGUGGAGAAGUUCAAGCUUUUGUCCGAAAAAGUGGAAGAGAUAGUGGCCCGAAAUGUACGGGCCGAGAUAGAUUACAGCGACGCCCCGGAUGAAUUUAGAGGUAUUGUUUUAAAAUAUAUGUUGAGUACGUUGUACAGGCUAUUAAAGUGCUGCAUGAUUCCACAUAGACCUUUUCAAAUGACAUUACCAUCAACUUUUCUGCUAUACUAAAUGCAUUCAGACGUAUAUUGAACUCGACUUAUCACUGCAUCUGCUCAUUUUGCUGGAUGCUGGCUAACUUCAAGGAAGUCUCCAAGCACCAUAAUCACUGUAGAAGGUUUUAGUGGUGGUUAUGUCAGGAGUGCCCUGGUGCCUUCCCAGUGGAAGUAGCCAAACUUCUAAAGAACGAUUUGAUAACGAAUUUACUCUUUUUAUACUUUAUGCACAAAUAAAAUAUUUCACAGAACUCUGUACCGAGAGCCCUUCUGCUUAGCCACACCCCCUGGUUUCAGAAAUAUUCUUAUUGGUGUAUGAACAUACCUCAGCCCAUUACAGCCUUGCGUUUUCUGCUUAUAAUGUACAACCUGGCUGCAAACAGGUAGCGAUAUCUUUGCUCUAUUUCUCCUUGUAAUGCAGGUUUCUUUGUAGUUCAGCUCAUUCAAUGUGCUGUCAGCGACUGAGCUGUGUAUAUACAUUUUAUAAGUAUUUUUCUGGCGUGAGAGGAUGUGGCUAUGUAGGCAAGUUUAUGAAAAUUUGUUAUAUUUGUGCAGAAACCUUAAAGGCACCCAGACCACUUCAGCUUAAUGAAGUGGUCUGGGUGCCAGGUCCAGCUAGGUUGAACCCUUUUUUUUUUUUUUUUUUAUAAACAUAGCAGUUUCAGAGAAACUGCUAUGUUUAUAAAUGGGUUAAUCCAGCCUCUAGUGGCUGUCUCAUUGACAGCCGCUAGAGGCGCUUGCAUGCUUCUCACUGUGAAAAUCACAGUGAGAAGACGCCACCGUCUAUAGGAAAGCAUUGAGAAUGCUUUCCUAUGAGACUGGGUGAAUGCGCGCGGCUCUUGCCACACAUGCACGUUCAGCCGAGGAGGAGCGCUCCCCGCCCGGCGCUGGAGAAAGAGGUAAGUUUAACCCCUUCCAUCCCCUAGAGCCCAACGGGAGGGGGACCCUGAGGGUGGGGGCACCCUCAGGGCACUAUAGUGCCAGGAAAACGAGUGUUUUCCUGGCACUAUAGUGGUCCUUUAAAGAUUUGAGAAUGCAAAAAAUACAGCAUAUCAAUUAGACCCAAACCUGUUAAAUACGUAGAUGCCUAAAGUAUCCCUUUAACCGUUUGACAUCUUACAUUAAGAGGUAAUUAGGGCAAUCCUAGCACCAUAUCCACUACAGUAGCAUUUAAUGGUUAUGGUGCUUGAAGUGUUCCGUUAGGUUUAAUCUAUUUUGUAGAAUUAGGCGCGUCAUGGGAGGUGUAGUCCAAAACAUCUGGAGUGCCGAAGGUUGCCUAUGCCUGAAUUGGGGCAUAGAAGAAUACUAUAUUAAUAGCAGAUAGCGGAUAGUAUGAAGGGUUAUGGCAAGUGAGGGAUGAUAUUGUUAGCAUAUGUUAACACACUGUUUAUAUUGUAAACUUUUUUUGGUGUGGUUAAAGCUACACUUGCCUUUUGAGGUCUUGAUAGAUUUUAGAAGACAAACUACGAAUCCUGUGUCCUUUGUUAUUUGUGGGAUAUUUUGAUAAAUUAAGUGUUCUUGAUUCCUGAAAUGGAAAUGCAAUAAGAACCUUAGAGGGACACUCGUUGAAUUAGUUAUGGUCCCUGGUGUCCCACGGUACUAUCCCACCAAUCAGUGUUAAAACAUUUUAGAGCAGUUUAACACUAAUGAUCCCUGGACACUCACGACCAGUCUCCUUCUGGAGGUGUGGCUAAGACAUAUAUUACACACUCCUUACUAGCCAUACGAAUUCAUAACAGCAAUGGUGCUGUGAUAGUCUGAAAUGGGUCAGCUGAGACUCUAGCCAAUCACAGCUUCCCAUUGAUGCUCAGGCUAAUAAUUCCUCAUUAGCCAAAGCAGCAUAGAAAAGAUUGUUUCACAUAAAUAUAUUAAAAACUAUUCAAUGCUGAAUGAAAUGAUGGCUCCUGCGAACUCCAGAUACUAUAACCAACUUAAUGAGAUGGAGCAGAAACUGUGCCUACAGUGUCCCAUUAAAGCGUAAUUACCCAUUUUAUGCAUUGCCUGUGUUUGUGGGCUUGCUGUGAAAGAGCAGAGAAGCCAUGAAUCCUUUUAACAUUUCUUUCUAUCCUUCUCCGCUUGCUGGGCCUUUUGGGCAAAUGGCAGGAAUAUUUGCUUCAUUAGACAACUUUACCUCUGUAUUUUGUGUUAUUAUUGGCUCUCUCCUGUAUAAUUUUUUAUUAUAUACGUUUAUCUAAAAAAGCUUAAAUACGCUCCUGAAGAAGUUUCACUUUUCAUGUUUCUUAAUCUUGGGUUUUUCCUCUGUCAGACCCCCUUAUGGACACACUUAUGUCUGAACCAGUGAGACUUCCAUCUGGAACCAUCAUGGAUCGAUCCAUCAUUCUGAGACACCUUCUAAAUUCUUCCACUGACCCUUUCAACCGUCAGACGCUGACGGAGAGCAUGCUUGAACCAGGUAAGAGAUCUGCCGAAAAGCUGCACUUUCAGAGAAUCUUGUUGGUGAACUGACUACACACACUUAACUUUUAUCGAGACAUUUCUUUCUCUGAAGUCUCUGUAUCAUCUAGCCAGUCUUGUCAUGUCUUUAAUUUGUUGCUGCAGCGCCACCUAGUGUAAUCUGAGCAGACCAUGCGUUGUUGUCCUUGCUAUAAAUCACAGGCCUUGAUAUGUCCUCUAGAUUAAAGUGACAUUGGGGGGGAAUCUCAUGCACUCACCUGUGGUCGCUAAUCUUAGUUUAAAGAAAUUCAGACAUUUGUUUUAAGAAUGGAAUUCUGAGUGUGAUGUAAGAAAAGUAAAAUGAUUGAUUAGUAGAGCCUCUUAACUCUUUCAUUACCAAGAUAUGGACACUAGAAACAUAGAAACAUAGAAUGUGACGGCAGAUGAGAACCAUUUGGCCCAUCUAGUCUGCCCAAUUUUCUAAAUACUUUCAUUAGUCCCUAGUCUUGUCUUAUAGUUAGGAUAGCCUUAUGCUUAUCCCACGCAUGCUUAAACUCCUUUACUGUGUUAACCUCUACCACUUUAGCUGGAAGGCUAUUCCAUGCAUCCACUACCCUCUCAGUAAAGUAAUAUUUCCUGAUAUUAUUUUUAAACCUUUGUCCCUCUAAUUUAAGACUAUGUCCUCUUGUUGUGGUAGUUUUUCUUCUUUUAAAUAUAGUCUCCUCCUUUACUGUGUUGAUUCCCUUUAUAUAUUUAAAUGUUUCUAUCAUAUCCCCCCUGUCUCGUCUUUCCUCCAAGCUAUACAUGUUAAGAUCCUUUAACCUUUCCUGGUAAGUUGUAUCCCGCAAUCCAUGAACCAGUUUAGUAGCCCUUCUCUGAACCCUCUCUAAGGUAUCAAUAUCCUUCUGAAGAUACGGUCUCCAGUACUGUGUACAAUACUCCAAGUGAGGUCUCACCAGUGUUCUGUACAAUGGCAUGAGCACUUCCCUCUUUCUACUGCUAAUACCUCUCCCUAUACAACCAAGCAUUCUGCUAGCAUUUCCUGCUGCUCUAUUACAUUGUCUGCCUACCUUUAAGUCAUCAGAAAUAAUCACCCCUAAAUCCCUUUCCUCAUAUGUUGAGGUUAGGACUCUAUCAAAUAUUCUGUACUCUGCCCUUGGGUUUUUACGUCCAAGAUGCAUUAUCUUGCACUUAUCCACAUUAAAUGUCAGUUGCCACAAUUCUGACCAUUUUUCUAGUUUACCUAAAUCAUUUGUCAUUUGGCUUAUCCCUCCUGGAACAUCAACCCUGUUACAUAUCUUAGUAUCAUCAGCAAAAAGACAUACCUUACCAUCAAGACCUUCUGCAAUAUCACUAAUAAAAAUAUUAAAGAGAAUGGGUCCAAUCAAUUUAUUAAAUGAUUGGGGUAUGGCUGUGUACAUCUGAUGCUCAAAUGUACAAGUUAUUGGUAAGGAAUAAUCCGAUAUCUGCUUGCUUUUGCUUUCAGUUCCAUUGGUUUCCAUGUAUUUUCCAUGGGCAGAGUUUUCACAAACUCGAUGAGCUACCACAAACUCUAUAAUAUACUGACCAACCAAAAACGUGCACAGCAAAUACCACCUCAGUGUGUCAUACAUUGCCCCAGCACUACACACACACACACACACACACACACACACACACACUACAACUAUACCAAAAAACAAAACUAUAUAUAUAUGUAUGUAUGUAUGUAUGUAAAAAAAACAGAUAAAUUUGUAUCUUGUAAUACCUUUUUUAUUGGACUACCAGAAUUUUUUAAUGACAAGCUUUCGGGAGAACCUCCCUUUCUCAAGUCUGAAGCAUUUCUGAGCAAGACGACACACAGACUUCAAAGUUUAGUUGUGAGUUCCAUGUGUCGUCUUGAUCAGAAAUGCUUCAGACUUGAGAAAGGGAGGUUCUCCCGAAAGCUUGUCAUUAAAAAAUUCUGUUAGUCCAAUAAAAAAGGUAUUACAAGAUACGAAUUUUAUCUGUUUUUUUACAUCUACAUCACUGGACUAAUACGGCUACAAUCUCUACUUGAACGAGAGAGAUUGAUUUUCCUUGUAAGCUAUGUUUUAAUUUUAAUACUUACAAAGCUUAUAAUUAACAUAUAAAGGCAAUCAAUACUUAGGGCAUUCUGGAAAAGGCCCGCUAAUCAACUGAUACAUAGCACCAUGACACCCAACCUUUAAAGGGAAACUCCAGUGCCUGGAAAACAAUCCGUUUUCCUGGCACUGCAGGUCCCCUCUCCCUCCCACCUCCCAAUCCCCGGUUGCUGAGGGGGUGAAAACCCCUUUAGUCACUUACCAGAGGCAGCGACAUGUCCCACAUAGCUGCUUCUUCCGCCGCCGCCGCUCCUCCUCUGCAUUACGUCGGCCGGUGGGCAUGCGCAUUAGAGCUCCCCAUAGGAAAGUAUUGAAAAUGCUUUUCAAUGCUUUCCUAUGGGGGAAUUGAGCGGCACUGGAGGUCCUCACACAUCGUGAGGAUGUCCAGCGACGCUCUAGCACAGGUUUUCUGUGCUAUUAAGCAGGAAGUGCCCUCUAGUGGCUGUCUAGUAGACCUGCAAGGUAAAUAUUAUUUAUAAAAAAACUGCAAUAAUUACAGUUGCAGGGUUAAGGGUAGUGGGAGUUGGCACCCAGACCACUCCAAUGAGCAGAAGUAGUCUGGGUGCCUGGAGUGUCCCUUUAAUGUUUGAUUAUGUUUUUAUUGUUAAAGUAGAUUUAAUAGAAUAUUUCAGGUUAGUUUUACCAUGAAGAAUAUUGUUGCAGGGAGGUAUAGGAAUGUACAAUAACCAUUAAUGUUUUUACUUGGUACCUCUGUCUGAUAAUAAAUAUCUGCCUGUGCUUAUUCUCAGUGCCAGAACUCAAGGAAAGAAUCCAGGCUUGGAUGCAGAACAAGCAUAACGCAGAUCCAUGAAUCGUGUUCCUCCGCAUCCAAGACUUCCCAUGAAACAUAUGGAGCCUUGUACAUAUAUUUAAAUUCACACAAAUUAAAACGCUCACCUAAUACGUGAGGGGGGGGGACGGGUGGGUAUAUUUUCUUAACACUGGGCCAGCGUACUGUACAGAAAACAGAGGCGCACUUUCCAUUCAUAUGAAGCAGGUAGAACAGAAACAUCAAGUUUUGAUCACGAGCCAAACCGCAUUAGCAUGUCAUUUACCUGUUUCUUUGGGUUUUUAUUUUCUUCUUGCUGCUACAAGGUUUUGUUUUUUGUUUUUAUUUUGUGUUAUUUGGGGAGGAGGGGGGAUUAGUGAUUUUUAUAUAUAUUCAAAUAUAUAUUCAUUCUCCUCCUUGAGGUUUCCUCACCCAUUCUAAAGUAUCAUCUAUAAAACACAAUGUUAAAUUGAAAUCCGUGUCCACACAUCCAGGAGACUAGCAGUGGAUUCUGGGCAUUCUACUAAAUGUGAUAAAUGGAGCAUAAUUUUUAUAGUGUAAUCAAUGGUAUAUUUAAAAAAAAAACAAAAAAAAUUCAUAAAAUAGUAUACAUUAUUAUUUUUACAGUUUUGUUUCUUUUUAAAUGCAGAAUAUUUUUUUUGUUUUUGGUGCACCGUACUGGACGUGGUAGUAUACUGCUGAGUGUGGUUUGGAAAGUGAUCAGACUUGCCAAGUUAUUGUCGUUCUCUGCUACUUACCCCAUACCUUACUUGGACAGUCUACCCUUUUCCAUCCAUUAAUAUUUCGCCUUACCAAAGCGAACCAUGCCAGAGGGCUGGCAUGUGCAAGAUCUUAUUUUCUUUUUCUUUGUUUUUUGUUGCUUUUUCUUGCUUUGUUUUUUAUGGAACAUUUUUGUAUUCUACCCUCCAUUGCAUACUUGAAUUCCUGUACUAUCCUUGUGGAAAGGCAGGUAAAGUUUUAAAAAGAAAUGUAAAAAAAAAAAAUGUAAAAAAUUAAAAUAGGAAAAAAAGUCUGCCCAACCACAUAUCACCCUUCCGAUAUUUUCCUUGGCGAAUUACCCAUCCCUUCUUCCCUUUCAGUUCCAAACUCUGGAAAUGAAAUAUAUGGUGACAACAUUAACAUUGCAGCAUUUAUUUUUGGCCUCAUGUAUGAGAUUGCAUUUAAAGGAAUCUCUAGUAAUGAGCCACAAUUCCUGUAACCGCAUUUUUUUUUGUUUUUUUUUGUUUUUUGUAAAUGAAAAAAUGAAUAAAACUAAAGAUUUUGAUUUUCCAUUAUUUUCUGGGAAUCUGUUUGCCUUUAUUUUGAGAAAUGCUACAUACACAUUAUUUGCUUAUUUUUUCAACUUGGGCACAAAAGAUUGUGUUACAGGCAAAUAUGUCGUCAGUCAGAAUGGCACUUCCUCACUGUUGUCCACAAAAUGAAUGAUCUGUAUACCUUCAGGUACAUUUAGGUAGAUUUCAUCUGUAUUUAAUGCUCAUUAAAUUGCCAACAAGUGUAUAGAUUAAAAGAUAUACCUUCUAGGAGGUCAUGUCCUUAUCCUGCAAUGCAACAUCGCGAGAGGGAGGACUGCACAGCUGCUGCUACUAGAGGAUUAUUCGGUUUGGUUGAACAACUUUUCCAAAUGAAAACAUUUUUGGCAUGUCCAAUGCUUGUCCAUAUGACCGUUCAGCUUGGCCAAAUAUCUUCUAUUAAAACUUAUUCUGGGAAAUAUUAGGUCAUGACAAAAAAAGCGGAGGAAAAUGACAAAAUGGCUACAAUAUUUCUUAACCUGAUGGCUUCACAAUAUCAGCAAUUUUUUAUGUGCUAAUUCUGAGUUGUAUGUUAACAUAAUUAUAAAUUUUUUCUAUUAAAAGAAAAUUAAGUAAGAUAACUAAGAUUUAUAAUUGAUUGUCUUUCCUUUUGCUAUCUUGAAUUAAAGGGAAACUAUAGUGCGAAAUGUAACGAACGCUGGUAUUGCAGAUACCCGUUUGUCUGUUUCCUCACGAACUGCUAGAGGCUGAGUUAUUAUAGUUUUAUCUACCAAACGAGGAAAAUCAAAGGUAAUGAAAUAAAAGGUGUAGUUUCUUCACACUAAGAAUACAAAGUUACAAUCAAAGAAAGUGCCUCUAGUUGCUGUCUGUUAGA